AGAAAUUUGCAGCAAACACGCAUUUUUUCUUUCCCGUGAAAAAGUUAAAAACUGCGUGGAAAGAAAGUCAAAUGCAACAAACAAUGUGAUUUUGAGCACCAAGAUGUGUAGGUUUUUGUUUGAAAUUCGUUUUUGAUCGCAACAUUGUAUUUUUUCGGAUUUUUUAACGGAACUUACAGAGCUGUCAGCGAGUUUUCAGUGCAAGGAAAAAGUCAAACAUGGCCGAACAAAAAAGAAGCGUCACCGGAAAGCCGAGCACAAGAGACCUCAAGGGCUCAAGAAAGAAUGUGAUGGUUGGCAUGUCUAUGGAACAUGAAGCUUGUCCCAAAGCUGACAAACUCAGGCGAAGGAAAAGUGUCGCCUCGCAAUUUGCUCAUCCGAUGACGGGAGAAACUCUUAAAGAAAGACAGGUAAAGAGCUACAGAAUUUAGAGGAAGCCAUUCACAUGAAUUUAAAGGACCGUGCUUUUAAUUUAUGGUUUCUUUCUUGUGACUAACUGGUAUUUUCAUGAUCUUUUUUUGCAUCGUUUCUCUCAGGGUAUGUUCUUUGUGAUGCUGAUUCGGUUUUUCUUUCUUUUUUCAUUACAGCAAAGAGCAAAAGAAAACCGCGAAGCUCGAAAAAGGAUGAUAACCGACGAGUAUAGGUUUAUUAUGGGAAUUGUUGGUGGCUACCUGGAUCUUGAAGUCUCUGCCAUUGAAGAAUUCAUCGUUGAUUCUGAAGAGGUAUUUGAAUUCUCAAAACCUUAUAGACUGGAAUAAUUUUUAUUGACAAGAAAACCACGCGAAGCGCUGUAAACGUCGGCUUGUGGAUAAACAUGUACUCAGACGAGAAACAAACAGUGAAAAUUGAAAAGACAAAAAUGACAGAGCUGUUAGCGCGAAUUUAAGCUUCCAAGGUUUUGAAUAAUAACAAACAACAUACAAACAAACAAAGGAGAAACAAAGACCGUAAAAAUAUUGCAAACGUUUGAAAUGUUAUCGACAAACUUUUCAUCACCAGAUUCCACCGUUCAUUUUGUUUUCAUACUACAUGCAGAUUUGUUUUCUUCUUGACAGUAGUUUCGUGUUUGUUCUACCCUGCGAGCAGAGGCUACAUUUUCGCGAUACGAGCUGGCGUGCCGGCAGAGGCUACCUUUCGCACGCCAGCUCAUACCGCGAAAAUGUAGCCUCCGCUCGCAGGGUAUGUUUGUUCCAAAUGCUCCUCCCUAAAUUUCAAAUCUUCAGCAUGUCUUCUUAACCCCUUCCCUCUCCCCAAGUCUUGGUAGCACAUAUAAUGAAAGGUGGUAGGUUUCCUGGUGACUGGGAGUUUUCAGACAAAUGCUACAACUGACAAAGGCCUUCACUUAUUCAAAGCAGUAGUUUGAGUUUAUAUAUAUUUUUUUCCAGGCCGUGUACAUGAUAGAUAGUUUCCUUAAACCAAAAGGAAGACGAUCACUUUUGUUCUUUUAUCAGGAAUUGGAUCUUGAUGGAAGUUGUAAGUAGUAUGAUAAGCUCCGCAAAGAAAAAAUUGCAAGUAUAGAUAAAUAUAAAAAAGAAUGAAAUAAAUUUACAAACCAUAGCUUGGACUUCCAGGGUACAGAGAUAGAAAAUGUGACAUUUUAGUAAAAUCCAGCUAGUGGUCUAUUAUCAAUGCUGUAUUCUGAUUGGUUGAGCUACUACUAGGCUAUAUGUUAUAGCUCACUAGUAGCGAAAAGCGUCGUGUUUUUCGCGGCAAAAAAGGAUUAAAGUGUAGGUUUAAGCAGCUAAAAUUUUUUUUAUUCUCGAUAUUUUUUACCAACUAGUUGGAUUUUACUCAUGGCCUCUGAGUCAAUAGCCCAAUCGGCCUUCGGUCUCAUAGGUUAUUAACCCGGAGCCCAUUCGGGCUCGAGGAAUAAUUUUUAAGUACCGUACUGUCAGUAAUGGUUGAAUAGAACAAAGAUACCUGAACAUGGAAAGUGUCUUGUCUAAAAAAAAAAAAGAAUGUUAUACACCCAAGUGGAUGUAGAGCCUGACCCAUUGAGAGACAGUGAAAAGCAAUCAAUAUCUUGGCUAAGGAAGCAACCCCAAGAAAUGACGAAGAGACAUACCCAUGUCACUAAAAGUGUUUUUCGUUUUGCUCUGAUACAAAUUGUGGUCACACCUUCAAGCCUGGUCAAGACAUCUUGGGACACUAUGCUGAUUUAAAUCGCAAUCUCAUUCCUAUGAAAGCUUGGGAAUGUUGUUAGAGCCUAUUUCUAUUGACCCCCUCUCCCCCAAACAAAUUUGAUUGUGAUGAGAAAGACUUGGAUGCACGACAUCAACGCUUCACCAGAGGGAAAGGGGGAAGGGAAAACAGGGGUGGAUCUAGGGGGAGGGUGCAGGGGGUGCACACCCCCCCCGAGAUGACCUGCGGUUUUCUAACACAACUGGUAUUCUGCAAAAAAAAAAAAGAACUAUGUGGUUUGUUGGUGUUGAAGUAGAGCAAGAGACGAGUGCACCCCCUCCUAACAAAGAAUUUUUGACCAGGGUUGUAGAUGUGAUUGCUGACAUAUUUUACUCACCCCAACAACUCGUCCCAAGACAGUAUAAGCUAAUAUUAGAAUAGAUACUUAUGAUAAGUCUGCUAAUAAUAUACUGCUCCCUUUUCAUUGUUUGAAGACACUGAAGUAAGAGCUCGUUCAGUGCUACAUGCUCCCAAGUCUGGAAAAACCAGUGUUCUUCUAGUUACAGAUGGAUUAGAAGAGGGACUGACAGGAACUCUAGUGUAUUGUGUGAAAGCUGAUGCUACCAAAGACAUUAAAAUGAGGAUAAUCGCUGAUGUAUGUUACUUUGCAAGGUUUAACCAUAUAAGUUCAAAAAUUGAUCCUUAUCAAUUUUCUCCAAACAAUAUUAAUACAUGAUCAAAAAAUGGUUAUGAGAAUUAAUAAAAUAAUUACCUACAUGAAAAUGAUUUGUUUUCUAACAAAUUCUUGCAACUGAUAUUCAUUAAGGAAAUGUAUGGAGAGCACUUAAAGGAAUUUUGAAAAGGGUUGAUUUCCCUUUCGUGAUUAAUUAUCCAGGGUGAAAGAAAGUCAGCUUUACAGCCUGCCACUAGCCCACAAGUCAUUUCAACUAGCCCCAAACCCUUUUUGAUUAGCAGGAUUGAUUGCAAUCCUUACAUCAUAUGGAUUUUCCCAAAAAACAUAAAACAAAAAACAUUGCAUAUGAUAUGUGUGUUUUUCUUUCUUGUUGACUAAUAUUCAGGAAGUAUCCUUUGGCAGUAUCAAUGUUGCAGAAGCUGGAUCGCUUAUUCCAGCUCUUAAGGCUCAUCUCACAAAGAUCUACUUGCCAGCUAUUAAUGCAAUGUCCAACUGGGGAGAACUAACUGGGACCCCACAAGGAAUUCAUGCCCAAAAGGAGUUUGUUGAAUCUUUAGACAACUUUGUGCAUUUUAUAGAUGGUAAGACAAUUUUGGUUCUAGAUUAGAAAUUAGAAAUCUGACAAAAUUGCACUGUUAUGGGUAAUAUAGUGUAGAUCAAGGUUCAAGGUUUACCAUAAAUAUAGUUUAAAAUAAUUAACUACGAAAAGUCCACAGCAUGCAUAACUUGCCUGCAGCCAGUUUGCUUUAAAUCUAACAUCAGACACAACUGUCAAUAUUAAAAUACGGAGUUUGAGUUUGACUGGGCUGAACAUUAUACGUUUGUUGAAUUUUUUUUUUUCCUCAGUCUGUUUUCAGUCAUGUUAAUGUGUGAUAACAAGAUUAAAGCAAACGAAAAUAAUUAAGGUUAAAUUAAACACAACAGCUAUGCUUUAAGUAUCAUACCUACCAAAAUUAAGUGAUUAAUUGCCAUGUAUUCAUUUCAGCCAUUGUGUUUUUUCGUAGGAGCGCACGCAUCAGUGAAUGAAGCAAUAAAGUUACACCCUUGUAAUGUGAUUGACGUCAGUUCCCUUGAGGGGCCAGCUGAUUAUCAAGCGCUAGCAAACAAUCAGGAAAUACUCUCUUUACUGGACGAUCUUGUGCACUCUUGGUGUAAACAGAUUGAAAAAGUGAGUUCUUUCACGAUGUAAAUGAAAUUUCACCACUUUCGUCUCUUGCUAACUCGGUAUUCACAUUGUUUGCCCCUACGGCAAAUCACUUAGUGAACCAUGUUUGUUAACAACUGACUCGUCAAUCCAGUGUUGCUGCGUAAGGGAAGUUUUCAAUAACUUUUUGGUUAAAGGCGUAAUGGCUUUACAUUAAUAACUACGUUGUCGUAGCAUUGUAAGGUAGAUCUCUGAGAUAUAAAACUUUCGACAAGUCUGCAUUUACUUAGGAGGAAUUUUUGGGUUAGAGAAAAGCACUACCUUAUAGCAUUGGGAAGACAUUUGAGAGUUGGGAAUGAUCUAUUCUGGAAUAGUACAUGUACAUGUACGUCAGAUCAGACCGCGCUCUGAUAACGUGAUUAUAAUCGAGAGACAGUUGGGAAUUUGCGUUGCCAGAACUUAUCAAUUGGAACAGAGAGAGAGAGAGAGAGAGUGAAAGAGAGUAAUACAACUGUUACUGUGUACAGACUGUGCUCACCUUUAUUCUUGGCUUAGCAUGCAAGUGGAGGAAAUAAUGUCAAUGGUAUUUGUACUUUCUGUCUUGUUGCCCAUAGGUGCUGGCCCAGAGCGAACAGAUGAGGAAGGAAGCAGAUGAUACAGGACCCAUGGCAGAACUGGAACACUGGAAAAUGAGAAUGGCAAAAUUCAGCUCACUAGUGGAGCAAAUAAAUCAUCAAGACUGUAGAGCAGUUUUACGAAUUCUGCAUAUUGCUAAGUCAAAAACUCUUAAGGUGACUUUGUUGAUGAGAUGGUCUCUUCCUUUAAAUACAUCGAUCGUGCGCCGUCAUGAUUUUAUCGCGAUAUUCAUGCUAUCCUUGACAAUUACUUGUUAGAAACUGGUUUUCUAAACCGACUGUCGUUUUUACAAAUUUACUUUAGAUAGUUGCAGUGAUCCUCGAGAAGUUGGACAUGAGCUAGAUAGUGAAGGCUGAUUAAAUGUAACAAUGUUACGAUUUUAACUGCAUUACCCGGUUUUCUUUUUUCAAGUCCGUUUUUUAAGUUAUUUAUGUAAGGUGAUGUCUAAUUUGCCCAACAAAGCUGUUUAUGUCUUAUAGUUUUGGCGUGAGUUGGAUUGCCGCAUUACAGACGCUGCCAAUGAAGCAAAAGACAAUGUGAAGUUUCUUUACACACUGGAGAAAGCUUGUGAUCCUCUCUAUCACUCAGACCCGGUAUGAACAACCAAUAUAUUUACUCAAAACAGCGCCCUUUCUUGAAUAAGCGCCGUGCUUAGGAAAAAGUACUAAUAAGCACUGCACCUUACUGGCAAAAAUGCAGCGCUUGUUAAAUUUCAUUUUUUGGCAUUCUCUGUUUCUGGUAUAAGAAGUGGCCUUCCUCUCUUGCUUAAACUGGUGGUUUACUUUAAUCCCCAAACAAUGUACUAUUUGCUCCCAGAUAGAACACUCUCUCGCAUUCACGUUUCUGAACACUUUGUCUACCGCUGGGAUCAAUCAUCUUGAAUGCAAGCUCGAAGAAUGUUAAUGUAUUGGCUAUGAAAAUGAGUGAUACGUCAACUUGUUUAGAAUCGUUAUUGACUGUUGGUCGUUUGUCUUCUCAGGUUUCUAUGACAGAUGUUAUUCCUGUGCUGAUCAAUGCUAUACAGAUGAUACACACCAUUUCUAGAUACUACAACACUUCGCAAAGGAUGACGUCUCUUUUCAUUAAGGCAAGCUAUCUGUUUGACAAUUUUUAGUAGGCUCUUAAGUAGGCGUAGGCGUUAUUUUAAAGUUUAUCGCGUUUAUCGCAUCUCGUUCAAUGCGUUGGCAAAUUCUUCUAGUGUUGAAUACUGAGGGACUGUAUCGAAAUUCAGGAGAAGAUAAAAGAAGUCGUUGUCUUGUGUUCACGUCUUCCACAAAACGUGAAAUUAAGGAUUUUUACAUCGUAGUCGGGCAGUAACGGCAACAGAAGAAAUUUACACAAAAGCGUGAUGCACGUACAGAGUUGUUGUUUUGCUAAAAAGGAGCUUAAACAAGAACGACGGCGACAUCUACGAAAACGUCAGUUAAAAAGUGUUUUCGCGCUGCUGCACACUUUAUCGCGCGUAUUCCAUCACGUUCAAUUCGUCAAAUGCUGGCGAAUUUUUGUGGAGUUGAAUUCUAAAGGAUUGUAUCAAAGUUCAGAAAGAGAAAAAGAGGGUCGUCCUGUGUUCGCGUCCUCCACAAAAAGUGAAAUAAGGCAGUUUCACGUUGUUGUCGUGCAACGACGGCAAAGAAAGGUACAAAAAGGGGUAUGCACGUGCAAAGUUGUUGUUUUGCAACACUAAACCUAUUGCCGUGGCCGUCUUCGUUCAGCUUAAGCUCCCUAAAAACUAUUAGCGACCUUUAGAUUCAAGGAUGAGAACGACUACCAGUACGAUUUUUUUGUUUUUUUCGCGUAUUCUCAAAAUAUAGACUCCCCGGAAAGCUUCAUUUUACCAUUUUUCACUAGAAAAGUUAGCGCUGUUACCUUUAGUGAAGGAGGUUACGAGCUCUGCCCAUCGCAAAAUGAGAAAACUUCCAACAUCUGAUAACUCGUUUUCCCCACUUCGACAUUCUCGUUAAGACUCGUCGUAGAGUGAGGACGGCUACCACAUUUUCCCGCCAAAAUGAUGCUGGUUCACGCGCGAGCACUACUUAGUACUGAGAAAAUCUCGUACUCGUAGUCGUACUCGUCUGUAUUGAUUUUUUGCCGUUCGUGUCCUUGUGAAGUCUUCCUAUUGUUAACUGAAGACUGCGCCUUUAUUUCAGGUGACUAAUCAAAUGGUGACUGCGUGUAAGAACUACCUAACCGACCGUGGUGUGAACCGAGUCUGGGACCAGCCUAGACAGCCCCUGAUAGAGAAGCUUAAAGCCUGCUUGAAGUUGAACCAGGAAUAUCAGAAAUGCUUUCAGCGAACCAAGAAGCGCAUUGCAGAGGACCCCAGUAAGAAACCUUUUGAGUUCUCAGAGAUGUACAUCUUUGGCAAAUUCGACACGUUUUGCAAACGUUUAAGCCAGGUAUGAAUCAUACUGUAUAAUGCGCCCUUAAUGUUUUUUUUUUCACUUCUUUUGAUGGUUAUUGAGCAUAAACUGUGCUCUUAGUCUUGUUGCAUUUUAUGUAUAAUUUUCUAUUGUUAAUUUAUUUGCGACUGUUUACUUGUGGACGACAAAAACGAUUUAAGCACACGAGAAGGAUGUAAUUAUAACAAUUCUUAUACAUUGUAGUCACCAUCUGUCUUCUCUCUCGACUUCUCAUUGGCUAAAAGCCUACAGUUAAUUCUGGGAAACAGUGCAUCCUACAGAUUAUUCACUAAUCUGUACCUACAGAUUAGUGAAUAAUCUGUAGGUUGCACGCGCAAUGCAUGAUUUCCUUUAUAAAGACGGUGAAAAUUAAUUUUUGUUUAUCACUGAGUUGUACAUUUUUAAGUGUUUGAAAAUAAACUGUGAUCGCUGCGAUAAUGCGUUUGUCGUUAUUUUCUUCAAAACAAUGUAUAAUAAAACAAUUAUUAGAUUCCGUUUUUGUGAUAUCCGGAAUAAUCAAAGUCUCGGUAAGUGUUAUCAGCCUCAGCCUUCGACUUCGGCUGAUAACACUUACCUCGACCUUGAUUAUUCCGGAUAUCAUAAAAACCUCAUCCAAUAAUUGUUUAUAAUGCCUGGGGCCGGGAAGUUCAAAGCAGGGUUAAGAUAACCCAGGGUCAGUGCAAAAUUUCAAUUGAGAUAUGAAAGCUUUAAAAUCAAAUCCAGUUUUAUUAUUUUUGUCACAACUUGAUAAUGUAAUGCUCUAAAAAGAAUCGAGAAAAUUCUCCGGUAAAAUGCUUUUGAACAAAAGAAAAAGAAACCCGGGUUUAAAUUUAACCCUUGGUUAGCGCUAGUCGGCCCAGGUCUGGACCCAGGUUGAACGUCGAUCUUCAAACUUCACAUCUGACAAACCUAAUGCCGGUAAACAAAAGCGAUUGUUCUGGCUUAUUAACAUUACGUUCAUCACAUGAAAAAAAUACAAAUGCAAAUACCUGCUAUUAUCUUCGGCCCCUAUGUAGUAUUUGUCCUUUUUGCUUGUUGUUGUAGAUCAUAGAAGUAAUAAAUGCGCUGGAAACGUUUUCCGUUUUGUCGGAGUCAAAGAUAGAAGGGAUUGAAACAAUCUCGAAUAGAUUCCAUCACAUGUACUCGGCACUAAAGAAGAAGCCAUACGAUCCUUUGGACCACAGAAAAACCGAUUUUGAGGCAGAUUUCUUCGAGUUCAGACGCCAGAUUAGUGAAAUCCAGGUUUGUCCUGUGCUUGUAUAUUUUUGUAUGAUUUGUUUAUUUAAGCCACAGGUCACCCACACCACUCAUUAUACUCUUCUCCUGAAUCAGACAGUCUAUCAGUGAAUGAGGUUCGUUAGCAUUUUGCCAGUUUUCUUACCCCUCAACCGUGUUCGGUACCCUAUACUUCUUGGUUCCAUUUCAUCAUUUCUAUAAAGUUUCAUUUUCAAAACCGUGAAUAUGAGUCUUAGUAGGUUGUCAACUUUCUCAAUAAAACCACUGACUUAAAUUUUAGCGUAGGUAUAUCCGUCGAGGUUAAAAGCACUCUACUAAGUUCCUAAAAAGGUUGAAUAGACCAGGGACAAAUUAACAUUUGACACACUUUUGCACUAGACCAUUGUAACUAUCCUGCGCUUUCCAGCUGUCUUGUUGUUUAAAUUGUUUGUAUUAUUUUUAUAUAGAAUCACUUGAAAAUGUUUAUGAACUGCUGUUUUGAAAAAAUAGCCACCACUUCUCAGUCUUUGGAGCUGUUAGGCAGGUGGGUAUGCUUGUGCCUUACAUCGUCCUUUAACGCUUGAUAGUAACAAUCAACUUAGAGAAGAAAUAGUUAUACCGAUGUGGCCUGUCAUGCAGGCGUUUUCUGGGUGGCGAGUACCAGGGCUCGCGAAGAUUGUGAUGGUGCAAGGGGAUAUGAAUGGUAGGGGGAGACAGGCCACACCCCACUUCGCCCCUUCAGUCCUACGCUCGUUACUUCCCUGUUUAUCUUUUAAUAUCCAAUAGUAACAAUCAACCUUCCUGAAAAUACCGGUGAAGCCUGUCGUACGGUCAGUUUCUGGGUGGUGAGUACCAGAUAUUGCUCAGGCCCCAGUUGUUCAAAAGCUGGAUAGCGCUAACCACCUGAUAAAUCACUAUCCAGUGUAUAAAUAUUCUAGGGAAACCAAUUGCGCUAUCCAGUGGAUAGAGACUUGGAUAGCGCUAUCCAUUUUUGAACAACUGGGACCAGGUUGCGAUGAAAAGAUUAUAUGAAGCAAAGAGAAGUUAGGGGGCGGGGGAGACAGGCCUCAACCCAUUUCCAUUGCUUCUUCAGCCCUACACUGCUUCGCUAUUUACCCUUUACUACUCAACAGUAACAAUUAACUUACUAGAAUACCGGCGUAGCCUGCAGUUCAUUCGUUGUUUGGGCGGUGAGUACCAAAAUUCACUAAGGUUGUGGUGGAGGUGUCUGAUGCUACAAGGGAAAUAAGGGGUGGCGAAGACAGGCCUCAACCCACUUUGCCCCUUCAGUCUUAUGGCCAACCAAGUAACUGCACCUUUACUGCGUUCAAUCUGCCACUCCUGUCAGAAUCAAAGACAGCUACCUCACACAAGAAAUAAGGAGUGCUUGCUUGCUUGCUUGCCUGAAAAUUACGGCUGUAGUACAUGUUAGAAAAGACCUCGAACUUGACACUUUCAGUACAAUAUUGAAAAAUAGUUACCACUGACAAAAUGUGACUCGUAUUUUUUUUGCAAUAAUUAUCACGUUAUGAGCAAGGACAUGAAACAAUCCGGAACUUCUUCCUCGUCCUACAAGCCAUAAGACUCUUGUCACAAUAAACACGACGUGUAACCUUAAUAUAAAGGCUUUGACGAUAUACUGUUUCACUGUCAUGCUGUUUAGAUUUGAAAAGCUUGGAAUACCAAGUCUGAAGCCAUACGUUGAAGAGAGGUAUGCGUACCUUCUCCAACACUUCGGCAGGGAAGUGGAAGUCAUAUCCAAGGUUAGUCUGGUUGAAAUAAAGUCAUUUUUACUGAGCUAGUAAAAUACUGAAAACGUAAUUAUAAAUGAGUAGAUAUAAUUGGCACAAGAUAAUUUUACUAGAUGAACCGACAUGAACACUACCCCUCCCCUAAGACAACAUUUGACUUGUUGACGUAAGGGAGGGACAGGUGGGCUGUUUCCCUGAAACCUAAAUUGAUUAAACUUAGCUGUUUAUUCUGAACUUGUUUUUUGAAUCUCUCUAUUAAUAUAGGCAUAGAAUUUUUGGAUUAAGUUUCGUUGUGGAUCCUGCAGGGUACUUUGAUUAGGAACCUUAAGAUAAACCGAUCUGUUUAUGACUACGGAUAGGUGAACAUGUUUUCCAUGCAGCUUUAUAAAGCAGGACCAUGAUUUCCCAGAUGUGGUAUUGAUUUCGUCGUUCUACCCGGUAACCUUGCUGUUUUUCCGGAGUAGGGGGCGGCUUAUCCGUAGGAGGCGGCUCACCCAGGGGUAGUUAUGGCCGGGGUCCCUGAGUGCGGUUAAUUUACCUGUACACGGAAGCCGUGUAUUUUAACAUCUCGAUGUUUUGUUUUCUUCCAGUUGUAUCAAAAGAACUGUGAAAAUCCCCCAGUGCACCGGGACGUUCCCCCUAUCUCCGGCCGCAUUGCUUGGGCCCGUCAACUCACGAGACGAAUACGUAAUCCCAUGGACAUAUUUCAAAAGCAUCCAUCUUGCUUAAAAACUCCGGAGGCGGCCAAAAUUAUCCGCAACUUCAACCAGCUGGCCACUGUUCUGGUGGAGUUUGAGAUUCUUUAUCACAAUGGCUGGCUGAAGCAGGUGGAAGUGGCCAAGACAGGUAUGAUUGCUAGCAGGGUCCGCGUUAAUUUUUCCCCUGCUUACAGAGGUCUCUCACGGCAAGAGAAAAGGGAGAGGAAAGAUAGACAUCUGCCGGCCUCCGAUUUGUUUUGUAUCAAGCAUGUAUUAGCGUUUCCGUAAAAACUAGUAACGUUUUAGUCACGUGCAACACAACUCACAGACCUGGUGUGCGCGAAUAACAACUGUGAGCUCAGAAAUUUCCAGCGCGCAGUUUUAACAGGGCGCGCGCAUUCCACAUUAAACGAAACCGGUUUGGAAAACCAGUAAGUCUUUGCCUCAUUUCUAUCAUUUUUCUCUUCUUGUGAGAGACCUCUGUUAGCUGUUAGUUUUCGAGAACGCGAAUGACGUCACAAUGACCUUUGGCCGUAUGUAACUUUCGCAAAUUUUCUGGCUGUCAGAGGGCACGGUCAAAGAUACCAAUGAAAAACAUGAGAAAUUCAAACAACAGGCAUAUAAAUUAUGUAAAAACGUAAAAAAAGAACCUUGUAGUGAAAUUCCACUUUCAGGCAUUUUUUAAGCACCAGCGUAAAUUUGUCGUCCAGUAGACAGUGUGAUUCAUGGUACGUUUGGCUUUUGUUAGGGCUGCAAGCUUCAUUGCUGGUUAGACACCCAGAUACAGGUGAACUGUUUGUAAACUGCGAUCCUCAGCUGAUCCAGCUGAUCCGUGAGACAGAGGGGAUGAUGAAAAUGGACCUGCCAAUACCAGAGACAGCUCGACUGCUGUACCUAAGAAGGAAUGUUAUCAGGGGUUUAGCAGAUGAGCUUAAGGUAUACUGGACAUUUAAUACCCGAUCUGAUUACUCUUAAGCCUUCUGUCUCAGUAAUGCACAUGACCAUUCUUGACCUCUUAGUGUGGCAGUGUGGAAAUGCCACGGCCAUAAUUUCCAUGUCAAGUAGUUGUAAAAAUAACACCAAGUAAUAUGGAUAAAAAAGACAUUCAACUUAACCUCUCUCGCAACCACGUGACAAUGCAGAGAUCAAAAUAAACACAUCGCUCUUUGAAGUGCGCCGAAAUAACAGUCCUCUGUACUAACUAUUACUGAACAAACAACUUCCUCUAGGGUAAACUAAAGGAUUCUGAAUGACUCAACCACACUUGUAGGGGAUAUUUAUUGAAUUGUCAAAUUUAUCUCUUAAUUAAUGUUAUAUGCUCUCACUUAGAGAUUUUUCCCUUUUAAGAUUGCAUCUCUGCAAUCAUAGUUUUUGUUGUAGGGUUCAUUCCUGGACGAAUCUCUUUUUCCAAGAGUGGUACCUUACCACGGUAAAUGAUAGUCUUUUCAUAAUCGCCAAAACUGAAAAAACGUUUUCCCCUGACAUGUUCUCUAAUCUAGUCAACUCACGAACAAAUUAUGGUGACUUGUUCGAAAGUGAGAAGCAAGUGUUAAUGUUGGCUUUGGGGAGGGGUAGGUGGGCAGUUUCCCAGAAACAUGUAAUGAUCCACUUGUUGUGUCAACCUACAGCUGAUGCUUGAAGAUGUCAAGAAAGUCAGAGCAAAGAUUCCAAACAUAUUUCUUCCUUUGAUGGGACCUCACAUGCAACGAGUAGGUUUAAGUUAUGUUCAUACUACACUGGAAAGCUUUUCCUGCCGACAAGUGAUAUUUAAUUCUUCACUUUAAGGUGAUGUUACACCGGACGAUUCGCAACGACGAUUUUUAGCGCAAGACAUGGUUGCAAUGCUGGAGCAAUGUUGUAACCAUUCGAAACAAUAGGGCCAUUUAUACGAGGAAAAAUAAGACGCGUCUUAUGUAAGACGCGUCUUAAAUAAGACGCGAACUGUACCAUUUAUACGAGCAUGUCUUAUCUAAUAAGACGCGUCUUAGCUAAGCCGCGUCUUAUUUUAGACCAAUUGUGCCGUUUAUACAGAAAGUUUGCGUCUUAUUUAAGACGUGUCUUAUGUAAGACGCGUCUUAUUUUUCCUCGUAUAAAUGGCCAUAAUGUCGCAACAAUGUUGCGACGCUGUGUUGCGCUGAAAAUCGUCGUUGCGAAUCGUCUCGUGUAACAUCGCCUUUAGACUUUCUCAAAGUCGUUCGCUUGGUUUUCUGGUCUGGUGUGGUAGGACCCGGCUCGCUCGCGCUUCGCGCUCACUGUCGCGCUACGCGCUCAAAAGCUCGACUUGUGAGCAAGUCUACAUCGCCUUCAUCCUCGGAGACCCGGGGGCAGAUAAAGGGGGUGAGGGAAAGUCUAAACGGGUGGAAAAAUAUAUAUGGAACGAAGAAACUUUUCUGGCACCAAUCAGAAGCCAGAACGGCGGCGAUCGUUUGGAACUGGUCUGGUAAGACAUUGUCCCCAGGGGCUCUUCUCGCCGUUCUUUACUUUUCUUCGUGCGAUAUUUUCCGCCCGUUUAGACUUUCCCUCGUCCCCACUAUCUCCCCCUGGGUCUCCGAGGAUGCAUCGCCUUUAGAGAUCGGCGCGGCGCAGCUUCGCUCCGUUAGAGAAAUCGCGCCGAAAUCAGUUUCUUUAUGUGUGAAUAGAAGCCAUAUCCGGCAUGGUUUUCGUGCAGUCGUAAAAGCCAUCCGGUAUAGUGAACAUAGCCUUAGAAAGUGACUUCACGGUUUCAAAAUUCGUAUAGGUAAUAGCAUGAUUCGUAGUGAUAUUUGGCAUAAAUACCACGAGUGAUAUUUCGAAAUUGUUAUACGUAAUUUCACGAGCCGUUAGGCGAGUGAAAUUUGAGACAAUUUUGAAAUAUCACAAGUGGUAUUUAUGCCAUAUAUCACGUACAAAUCAUGCUAUUAUUUGUUUAUACUACUACCCACAAAAGGUUUGUAAUUUUCACAUGUAGGUAUUUCAAAUUAAGCUGAAAUACCACGGCUCUAAGCCAAUCAAAUUGCAGAAAUUUCUGAUGUAGUAGUAUAAAUCGCUGUUAUUCCAUGUCGUUCAAUAUGUAAAAUGUUGGUAAAUUUGUCGAGGGUUGAAUUCUAAAGGACUGUUUAAAACAAGAAAAAGAGGAUCGUUUUCUUGUAUUCACGUCUGCCACAAAACGUGAAAUUAGGCAGUUUCACGUUGUGGUCGUCGACGUGCAGUGAUGGUAAAGAAAUGUGCAAAAAAGCGUGACACGAGGGAAUUUAACCCCAUACCUAUUUUUAAAUAGUUAUCUCAAGACGUAAAAAUCAAUGCGGAAGUAUCGAGCAUUGUAAAUGGUUCCGCUAUCCGUUAUUUUCUAGGUUGAGAGUGCUAUCAGUCCCGGAGUAACCAUGCUAAAUUGGAAUUCUCUUAACAUACCCUCUUACAUCGCCAAUGUGUACAGCCGUUUGCGGCAAGUGGAUCUACUGAUAAAACAAGUUAAUGACAUUCGAGAUGCCCGAAUUGAUGCUGUGCUUCGUGAGAUCAGUGAGACUGUUCUUUGUGAAUUGCCCAAAGAUGAUUCUUGGACUAUUGAUGAAUUUGUUACCAGAACACUGGUAAGCCCAUCGCAGUUUAACCUUUUGUUAAAGAGGCUCGCUUCUAAGUUAACAACUAACUGAGAGACUGCGGUAGAGAGAUCCUGAGUCGUGAGAAAAGUUUGUUGAACUAUCAGCUGUUUUUUCCUUAAGUAGUAGCUCGAUAGUCAGUGAGGUUGACUGUAUUCGUUUAUUUACACGUUAUGUUAGAGACCUGUUGAUUCUAAGACGAGGGCGACUAAGAGAACGAUAUUUUUCCAGUGCUAACGUAAGGCGCAAGCCCGAACCAGCGUCAUUUUGGCGGGAAAACGCGAUAGCCGUCGCCAUUCUACUACGAGUUUUAACGAGAAUAUCGAAGUGGUGAAAACAAGUUAUCAAACAAGUUGUUGUCGUAGCCAACAGUUACCAGCACCGUACAAACGACUCAUUGACGAGAUCAAGCAAAACUAACUACGAGAGAUUGACAAUUUCACUAACAAUAGACGACUGUUUAACUGUGACAAUAGACGGAUCGAAACGCACCAAUUACUGAUUACAAGUCUUCAUAGCCAAUAACAUCACGGCUUAACUGACGGACGACCAAUGACAUCACGACGUAAUUGACCAAUCAAAUCAAUAACCAGAGUAUGAUACCAUCAACUGACGUGACGCAACUCACUUUGACUCUGAAGAUGACUACCGCACAGGUUGUCGAAACGUCAGUCACUGUCAACAACAACAGUCCUAUUCAGGACUACGUUCACCCGGACGAUCAAACUCAACCUACUUUUGAAGUUGUCAAAUGUUAGGAAUUUUAUCAUAAACCGAUAGGGAGAGGGUUUUACCUCCUUCAACGGAAAUAAGCGUACUAACUUUUGUGGUGAAAAAAAAAGGACAAAUUAGCUUUUCGGGGUGUCUAUUUUUAGAGAAUAGGCGAGAAAACAUAAAAUUAAAUGUGGUCAUCGUAGUCGUUCUCAUACUCGAAUCUAAAGGUCUCUACUUUGUUGCAUGCUGUAGAAACGCUGUGAGCCUCUUGGCAAGGUCCUGGACCACAUGAGUCUAUGCGUGGAAGAAGCCGUGCAUGAACUAGCGAGUAUCUUCCUUUAUAGUUUGGAAAGUAUUGGUGUGUCUGCCCUGGGACCUCGAUCUCCGCCUGCUAAGCCUACUGAUAAGGAUAAAGAUCGUAAAAUGGAGAGCAACCGCGGAGAGAAGGACAGCAAAGAACAGAGGGUAAAGACGCCCAAAUUACCGGACGAGAAAAGUAUAAACGAAGAAAUCGAUGAGCUGAUUUUGUUCUUCAAUCACCGUAAUUUCGAAGCUCUUCUGCGGGCUACAAGAAAUGCAUUGGAUGGAAUGAAGAGAAGAUUGUUUUGUAUCAGGUCUUUUUCCUUUUGCUUGUUUGUCUGUUGUUUAGCCUUCUGCAGGCCCGGUUCCUCGAAAGAUAGUUAAGUUUAACCCAAGAUUAAGCCAAAUUUCUAGCACGGUUUUCUUGUCUAAAAACAUGUAAUUCAUGCUUACAAAAUGCUAUUGAGCCUUUACUCUGAGAUACAGUAAUGUUGACACAUAAUGUUACGCUAAGCAAUGCAUUGGAAAGUAAAUACAAAAAGUGGAGCAAAGUUUUAAUCCUGAAUACAGCAACCGGGCCCUACACUCAAACUGGGGACUUUCAAAUUAGACAGUUAGUGAGAGAUUGUGGUCCAGUAGUACUGUUGAAAUAGGCCAUUUCCGAGUUGUCUCAAAGUGAGGCUGAGCACAAAGCCAUUCUCUUGCAAAUGAAACUCAUUUUCACAAGAAAGGGUGUGUUCUUAGCUUCUGUUUGAAAGUGAGAGUUUUUGGAACUCGGUAAUGGCUCAUUCAUUUUGCGUACUAAUUUUUGUGUUUACGUCCUCUUUCCUUGUUUUGUUUCUACUGUCUAUGUGUUUUACUCGAUUUUGAGCAACUGGGGUCAGAAUUACAAUAAAGCUGAAAAUAGUGACAAGAUUUUUGCAAUUGUUUUAUUUUAUUCAGCACAACGCGGUCAACCUACGGCAAGAGAGCCUUUUCUUCAUCCGCUGGAUUAUCAAAUACUUACAACAAAGCUCCAUUCUUCAAGGCCGAGAUAACUCUUGUCAUUCCUCAUGUGGUAAGAAUGUUUGAUUAAUAAAAGCGAGGUUGACAACAGCAGUUUGGUUAGGACAGCGAGCUCAAGCAACGAGAACACUGACGUCCUUUACGUCAUGAAUAGCAACCGGAAGUUUGGUGUCUCGCUUGAUGGAUCGCUUCUGUCUCGCACAACGAAUGUGAAUGCCUUUGUUUUAACUACCGCUGUACGAAUUUGCCAAGUCAGAGAACUGAAAAAUAGAAAAUAUCAACCUCCGGUUGCCAUUUUUGACGUCCGGGACGUCAACGUUAUCGUUGAUGGAGGUCCCUAUUUAGUACUGAUAGAUUUACUCUUACUUGUUUCAAGGCUACGCCAUUGUGAGGAGCUAAUAAUGAAUAAUUAAGUGAUGUAAAAUGCAAACAAUUCCAAACGCCGGCUUUGGCUAAGAGUUGCAGAUUUCGAGUUGUAUCCGUUCUAGGCACAAGUAGGUCAGGUCAAUAACAAAUAGGAAACCAUACAGCUGAUGUACAGAAGAGAAAAACAGCGACUUAUAUCACAUAGUUGGCACGGAGAGGAAUACAUAUAUACAGCUAUUUCGAGAAAGGUGGUCGGAAAAAGUGCACGCGACAGUCCCGAAAGGUAUUGUGGGUGGAUUUGAGGGCACUUUUCUUCAAAGAAAUUUGAAAGAAUGGUACGGGAGGCCACGGACAUAUGUUUGCGAUUGCUAAAGGAAAGCAACAAAAGUAGGUUCGACAUCUUCAGUCGUUACGAACAGUGUAUUGAUCAUAUCCCAUAUUACCUUUCGGGAUUGUCGCGUGCGCUUCUUCCGAAAACAGCUGUAUAAAAAAGGAGUUUGGUUGGUCCAAACGCACACUUGAAUAUUUCCAAACCUAUGAUUUAUACAUGGCAGGCGCCGUUUGUUCAAACGAUGGAUAGCGUUAUCCACUAGAUAGAUCACUAUCCAGCGGAUAGGUAUUUGGUAAACCAAUUGUGUUUAAUCCAAUGGAUAGAGCCUGUUUUAUCCGGUGGAUAGCGUUAUGCACCUUUUGAAGUGGAGGGAGGAAGAAGGAAAUACAUCACACUUUUUGCCAGAUUAAAGGAAGGAACAUUACAAUUACAACUUCAUAAAAAAGGAAUGUAACAUUAGAGUUAAGAUGGCAUGAUAGUGUGAUAUGAUCUUGUCCGUCAAGCACUUGUUCGUUCUUCAUUGUUGAUAAGCUGUGUAUUAAUGUUUGUGCACAGGUCAUCCAUCCCUCUCUGGAUGAUAUUCAGCAGGCUCUAAACAAAGCUACUCAGUCAGUCUUGGAUGUUAACCGGUCUGUGGCUCAGUGGGGACAGAAAAGGUUCAAAAUGAUGGAAAUCAGUUCCAACGGAGAAGCUUCUCCUGGGCACAUCAAGAGAACAGUGCGAGCUACCGACUCGAGUGAGUAAAUUGACCUCCCACUGUAUUUGCUAAAACUUCUAGACCGUUUUAGAGAGUUAAAGACUGUCUAUAACGUAAGUGUAAGCUUUCCAAGAAACUUUACACUUCCCAAGAAAAGGUGAAGUAAUUUUCACUUAAGUUUGCGGUAUCUUUAAUUGGCCUCUAGUUCUCAGUUAAUUGUGUUAAAUAUCUUCAUCGUGUAAAAUUUACACUUUCGGUCAUGAUGACAAUGAUUUUGAUGAAGAUGAUGAUGGUGGUUGUGGUGGUGAUGGUGGUGAUAAUGAUGAUGAUGAUGAUGAUGAUGAAGAUAACGAUGAUGGUUAUGGUGGUAGUGGUGCCUGUGUUGAUACUGACAAUGGCAACAACGUCAACAACGAUGGUGUUAGUGAUGAUUAUGAUGCUGAUGCUGGUGCUAACGAUGAAGACAGUGAUGCUGCUGAUAAUAAUGGCAAUAAUGAUGAUAAUGUUGAUGUUGAGGAAUGAUCAGUAUGUCACCGGUGUGGGUGCUGUCUUGUUGCCGAAUCGAGUUCGUAACCCCAAGGGACAUCCAACCUACUGAAUUUCGAAGAUUAAUCUAGAAGGAUCUAGAUUUCAAUCCCUCAUGGGGACUUAUCCUCUUUUCUCCGAUCCGUGCUUGUGGGGUACUGAUAUUUUCAUCUUUUCCUUAACGUAUACUGAUUUCUUGAUUUUCCCCAGAGGAAGAGAUUCUACCCAGCAAACUUAAGAACUACUACAAGAGCGUUGCCGAACACAAGGACAUCACCAAGCUUCUGAUGGUGCUGACCUCAGUGAUCAGCUCUACAAAGGCGGAGGUCAUGACCUGUCUCGACUCCUUCACACAGUUUCACUCUGUCUGGGACGAAGACAAGGAGAAAGCCGUCGCUGUAAGUACAUUGCAAAAACAUUUCUCGUUUAAAUGGGCUGUCUUUGUUAAUAAUGACAGUUCCGCGUCUUCAUUCGCUAUGGGAUUUGAGAAAUUACUUGUAAAUAGCAAUGAGGAAGAGAAUUCAAUGCUUCGUGUCAAACAAAUAUGUCUUCCAAGCGUUACUUUUAUUGAAGAAGGUUAAACCCUCUCCUGAUUUCAAAAUGAUAAAACUUUGAACAUUUGAUGACUUGUUUCCGGCAUUACGACAUUCUCCUUAGCAGAAUGACGACGGCAAACCCUUUUUCCCGCUAAAAUGACGCCGUUUCACGCACGCUUGCACUACUUAGUAAUGAGAAAAUCUCGCUCCCGUAUCGUCCUCAUCUUGGGGAACGGAAAAACGGGCAGCAAAAACAUGCAACUUGUCUUACAACAUUGCUGCAAGACGAGUUGAAUUGUGCUGUUGCCCGUUUUACCACCCACAUUAAACCUGUCUUGCCUCAAAUCAGGUUGUUAGAAGGUUUGAAAAUGGGUGGUAAAACCCACAACAUCGCUUUUCAACUCGUUCUGCAGCAAUGCUGCAAAACGAGUUGCAUGUAUUUGUUGCCCGUUUUACUGAAGUCUUAGAAUCUAACGGUCUCUACUAUGACAUCACGAGUUUGUGCUGCAAACCUUUGUUCCACCCACGUAGUUUAAAAGACAGCGUAGGAGUUAAAUACUGAAGAAAAUUGGUCGGUAAUUUUUUCAGUACUCGUAACACUGGUUUUCAACUUUUUCUAUAGGAUUUUGUGGCUUCUGAUCCAAUCUUGUCAGAGUUCAAGGCCGAGAUCCUGAAAUACCAGAACUUAGAACAAGAGAUUGAAAACAUCGAGCCAACCUUCCGAGUGGGUCAUGGAGCCAUUGAAAUGUACUCAGGUAAAUAACAACAACAACAACAAUGCAUCUAUUAACAAACGAUAAAUUUUUUACAGUAUAUUGUAUGCCCCACAAAUAGCUAUUAAGCUAAUCGACGAGACAAAACAGACAAAAAUGAAAUGCUAAAUGCGUCUUGUAAUAGCGGAGCUCCAGGCGCGAGCGGAGCCCAUAGCUAAGAAAAUAGGCCAUUUUCACGAUGACUUCAUUUGACUACUAAUACCAGAAUCUUCAGGGUUUUGCUUUGUUGUGCAAAUUAGGGGUCUUGUUAUUUAAACCUCGCUGGGGUUACCAAAUUUAAAUAUGAAAGGAAAAACGAAAAGGAUUCUGCUCAUAGUAGGAAAAUGACGCCAUCGUGCAAAUGGCCUAUUUGGUAAUCUAUCCAUGCCAUAAAAUUUGGUUAUGACGUCAGCGUCCGACCCCCCCUUCCGUACAGCCGCUGAGGGAGGGGGAAGGGAGUCAGAGGUCAGCCCGUCGGGGCAGGAGUAUGUUAUAGCUGAGAUGAAAUUUUCCAUUUCAAGCACCUCGCUCGUUUCGGCAGUAAAUUACAUGGUCGCCCGGACUUUUAGAGGAAAUAAAAAACAACAAAAAAACCGAGUCUUUCUUUCCAGUAAAUUUUAAUGUCUACAGUAACUUAGAUAACAGGGAAAGAGCUAGGAGCGACUUAUUUCGUUGGAAGAAAACAUGAAAAUUAUAUAGCGGCGUUUAGAAAAUGAGAAAUGCUAGAACAUUUCCUCCAUAAAACGCGUAAAUAGGAAGCUAAAAGUAGUUUCACGUUUUUUGUCGUCCAAAACAACGGCAAGGAAAUGUACAAACUAGUUUGCUGCACGUGCAAAGUUGGUUUUUUGCUAAUUAGAAGAAAAAGUGUACUGCACGUGCAAAGUUGUUUUUUUGCUAAUUAGAUCUAUUGUUGUUUUUUACCGUUCUCGUUGCUUUCAACUUGUCUUUAAAGUAUUACUCGAUUUUAUAUUUUCUUUGAGGAAAAAUAAACGGUUUUGUUAGUGUUCGUCUCAAAUCUAAUUAACACAUGUUAAAGUUCAUGAUGCGAUUUACCUUCGAGAUCAAAAAGCUUCACAAGUUACUUUGAAGUAACGACAACCAAGCCACUCAGACGCUGUUUUUACUCCGAUAGUUAUCCAGAUAAUAUCCCUUUUACAGAGCCUUUUAAACUUGCCUUACGAGUUGAAAUCAAGGCAUGGAAGCUUUUAUUUGGACACAGCAUAAACGAAAAGUACAAAAGGAGCAUGGACGAGAUCACACAGUUUGUGAGUGAUAACAGUAAGCGACUUGGCCGGCAGAUCAAUGACUUGGAAGAUGUGAGAAACGCCAUGGCUGCUCUGGAAGAUAUUAGACAGAACGAAAUUAGGAUCGACAUGAUUCUUGAACCUAUAGAGGUACGCUUCCCAAUGAUACGGUGCUUAGUUAUGUAAUUAUCUUUUUAGCCUGCGUGGCGCGCGUUCGAAAGUGUAGGGAAAGGGAAUAAUUUUUACUGUCCUGUAAAUCUUCUGGUUUUAAAUGAAUGAGAAAGAACUUGCAAAUGAUGAAAAUGUAGACCGUAAAAAAACGUAAAAAAAGAAAGAAGGAAAGGAACGAAAUGAUAUAAAUAAGAAAUAUUCACUUUUCAUUUCUUAUUGUAAUCAGUGUGGCACUAUUGUUAACAGAAGCACAAAAUGUGUCUUGUGAAGUCUUCAAAUUACAACUUAUCGUUGUAUCGAUUAAACGAAACGUUAGGUACAUUCCAAAGGAUGUAACUCAAACGGGAAACGGAACACGGCGAAAAUGGACACAAAACAUGGAAAAAAAACAAAGAAUAGAUCAUGGUUUACUGUUAAGUAAGGUUUUGUUCCCAGUUUGCAUCUCUUUCCAAAUGCUUGUUUCCAGAUAUAUACAAACUCUUCCGUAUUUGUGGUAGCGGCUGCUCGGAAGAGAAGUCACCAGUGGUUCCUAACCCUGACCCCAAACAAUACUGAAACAAUUGAAAGAAUGACUUGUCAUUGUUUUCAGCGACCAAUCAGGACAGACUUUACGAGCAGCUCCUACACAAUUUGUAUUUGUAGCGUCUCAGCUGGCUGGUGAACGCCACAGAAUGCUCGACAGUACUUAUUGUUUUCCCUAUGGUUGUCAUUAUUUAUUUUUACAUUAACAGGAGGCAUACGCGAUGCUCAACAGGUUCGAGGUGUCAGUGGCUCGUGAAGAAGUAGAUGGUGUCGACACCCUCCGAUACUCGUUUGAAAAACUCCUUUCUCAGGCGGUGAGUAAGAGCGGAGUUGUUGCUAUUACUGUUGGGGUAGUUCUCUUGCAGUAUUUUACCGUUCCAAGUGCAAUAGAUUAGGGAAACCAAAAGAUUGGAUUAAGAUGUUGGGAAUUGAUAGGGCAAAUAGAAGUUGAUAUUUAUUUUUAUUACAAGAAAAAACUCUAACCCCGACAGUAGAGAGCUUAAAGGGGCUGUGUCACGGCAGACUGGUUCAUUUUGUUUAAUUUUGCCAAUUACUCGCCCUCAAUCGCUAUGGAACUUAAAGUAAGCAAAGAAAUUACAUGUAAAUGACGAAAUCAGAGAUCCGAGACAAACAAAUAUAUCCCCUGAGCAUUGUUUUUGAAGUUUCAAGCAGCACGGAUCAACUUUGAAAAACUGUUAGGCUGAACAGUUUUCAAAAACCCUAAUUUCAAUCCGUUUCAAUCUUCUUCAGUUUUGCCCAUCCGUGGCAUCUGUUGUUUCUGUUAUGUUAUUUUAACCUUCCUUUAAAGUUUUAAACGGUUAUUUUUAUGUUUCUAUUGAUUUAACGAGCAUUUUGUAAUUUCCUAAUUUGGCUGAAUUUCGUGACACAGCUCCUUUAAGAUUCACGUUUACCGCCAACGGCGAACGUCAGACUCAAGUUGAGAAUUUCUCACAUUAGAAAAUAAGCAGAUAAAAGCAGUCUCGAACGAUUCCUACACAAACUUACCUAUUAUUUUGUAGAAGCAAUAAAGAGUAAACAGAAAAUAAGGGGAAAACUUGGUCACGUGGUACAAAUUCACUUCUACCGUUUGGCGUAAACAUGAAUCUUAAUCUCUCUAAUAAUCGAAAAGAACGAGUCAGGUUCUCGUUCAAUCGGAAAACGCGCUUGUCUAAAAACUUAACAGGACGUCAGAGGAAUGAAGACGGCAAACCUUGUGUAAAAGACUAGAAAAUAUUAAUGUUAAGUGAAGAUUUCCACAAAACACGCAAGUAAUAGCCCUGUCACGUUUGUCGCACACAAGCGUUUUGCCGUCCUCUUCUUCCUGCCGUCCUGUUGCUUAAACGCACCAGUAUAGUAUGACGCCGGCUCCUUUUUUUCGAGAUCUGAUUGGCGCAUCCAAUUAUGUUUGGCUCUGGUUUUAUUUUAGAGUCAAGUACAGAGUCACCUAGUAAAGAUUCAACCCAAGUUUAAAGCUGACUUACUUGAGAGAGUGGUGGUCUUCCAUGAAGACUCAACAAACUUCAUAUCUGACUAUGACGAGGUAAACUCUACAGCUCUGGGAAGAUCAUAUCAUCAUUAUUUCAUUGAAGAGUGGCAUUAUAUAGUCUACGGUUUGAUUGUCACACGGAAUUCCAUAACGGGAAAUCUCUUUAACUGAAAGAUUCUGAGCGUUUAGGAAUAAAACCUAGCGCAUAUUAAUUCUCGAACUCUUAUGCUGUUUAGCAACAGAAUGGGAACGUCGGUUGACGACUGCGCGCACAAAUGAAACAACUGGAUUGACCAAUGGCAGAGCGGAAAAUUGGAUACCGGAAGUCGAGUUUAGUCCUUUCCGCGCGCUUACCCGUCGUCAAAUGACGUUCCCGUCCUUUUGCUAAAUCGGCCUACUAGUGGUAUCACCACAACUUUUGUGUUCAUUCGAAGACAAUGAAGCUACUGAGUCGCGCCAUACACAGCUAUAUACAUGUAAUUUACGUUACUUGUUUCAAAACAAGUUUGCCUUCGGCUUGUAAGACCCACAAUUGACGUACACAAAUUUUGUUGCAAAAAGUAAGACUAUUCUCUACUUUCAGCAACGACUGUUCGCAACUUGCAACAACCUAAUUUGAUGCGAAACAGGUUUGAUUCGUGGGUGGUAAAACGCGCAACAUCACUUUUCAGCUCGUUUUGAACAAUGUAUUGUAAAACAAGUUGCGCGUUUUUGUUGCCCGCUUUGUCACCGUAGCUUGAGACUCAUAGAUACCUGUUAGCUAAACUACUAGUUGGCGAUUUCAAAAGAUUUUAUUAUUUCAGGUCGGUCCCAUGGUCGAAGGCAUCACUCCGCAAGAAGCUAGUGACAGGCUCAAUACAUUUCAGGUGAAAAUCUAGAUUUAUAAACAUUUCUUUUGAAGGAGAGGAUCAGUAUAAAUAAAUAAGUAAAUAAUAAGGGGAGUCUUUAGAGUAAAGUUGUGUAGUAUCAAAAUCUUAUUGAGAGUUUUCCUCCUUUUUUAGAGCCGUUUUGACGAACUUUGGCGAAAGUUCAUCACCUACUCUGGCGGUGAGCAGUUGUUUGGUCUCCCUGUGACUGAGUACCCUGAACUCGCUCGCACCAAGAAAGAACUGGGCCUGCUUCAGAAACUGUAUGGGCUGUACAAUGCUGUUAUUGAUGGUGUUAACGGCUAUUAUGAUAUCCUGUGGACUGAAGUGGAUAUUGAGAAGAUCAACAACGAGCUAAUCGACUUUCAAAACAGGUGUUAGUUUAGUCAUCACUAGGUUAUUUUGAUGCCCAUUUCCAAGUUAUUCUAAUCUUCUUCAACUAAGCGAGCCCUGGUACAUAGUUGUUCUCAAGAAAGUAAGUAGGUACAUGUGGAAAGCUAAGAUGUGCAACCGGAUUGACUUUUAAGAGUAGACUUACAGUACUCGGGAAAUGGACUAUUCAUUAUAAUUAAUCAGGCACGAAGGGAAAAUAUUCCAAAUAUUAUAAAUUCGCUUGAACUCUUUAAAGUCUUAUUCCCUUUCUUGUAUUUGGGUUACAGCUACGUCACCUUAAUAGCAUUUGUUAUCAUUGGGUCCCGUGGGAGAACGUUUAAGAGUCCAGAAAAUUGACGAUGAUGCUGUUGAUAAUGAUUAUGAUUAUGAUGAUGAAUUCAGGGUGCAAAGAAAGUCAGUUUCACAGCCUGCCAUUCGGGCAAGCUGUAGCUAGCAUAUACUAGCCCACAAGUCAUUUCAACUAGCCCCCAAACCCUUUUUGAUUGGCAGGAAAUGAUUACAAUCCUUCUGUAAUUUAAAUUUCCCAAAAAAACAGCACUUGCCUGUCGGGCAAGUUAAGAACAAAAAUCACUAGCCCGAUAGCAAAAUCCACUAGCCCCGGGCUAUCAGACCCGACUUUCUUUGCACGCUGGAUGAUGUUGGUGAUCGUGACGAUGAUGAUAAUUUUGAUUACGAUAAUGAUGAUGACCGUUCUGAUAAUGACGAUAAUAAUGAUGAUAAGGAUGAUGACAAUAAUAAGGAUAUUAAUAAAUCUCAUUUGAUGUUAUUUACUCAGGUGUCGUAAGCUGCCUAAAGCUCUUAAGGAGUGGCAAGCAUUUAACGAAUUAAAGAAAAAGAUUGACGACUUCAACGAAUGCUGCCCGCUUCUUGAGUUGAUGGCCAACAAAGCGAUGAAGGAUCGCCACUGGGAAAGAAUAGCUAAUGUGACCAGACACAAAUUUGAUGUAGAAUCAGAGAACUUCUUGCUAAGGAAUAUCAUGGAGGCUCCAUUGCUGGAAAACAAAGAAGACAUCGAGGUCAGCUACCACUUGAAAAAAGUUAUUGUAGUUAGCGUUAAACUGCUUUUCCUGUGGUGUUUGUUAGUGUUGUGGAAACUACUUUCAGUUAGCUAUUGUGUUGACUUGUGGGUAUUGUAUUGUCUUUUUAAUCUUUUGUAUUACGUCAUUUGGUGACGCACCUGUCCGCAACACCAAGACACUACUCUUUCCUACAGAGUAACUAUUCCCUUUUUGUUGUCACCUUUCCCCCGUUUUAAGUCCUUUAUAUCCACAUCUUUUCGUCUCUUAUUUAAACCAUUUUCUUAUCUUUUCACAAUUUCUUGGUCGAACGGAACGGGAAUCAGUUGUCAGGUUGUUGAAGUCAUUAAACACGCGCCUCAUUUUUAUUUUUAUUACAUGGUAUAUUUACAACCUGUGCACUUUUCUAAAUCUGCUUCAAUACGUAUCAUGGAAUGUUUCUGAUCACGUUCAAUAAUCUGUUCUUCUAAAAAUUACUCUCCUUCGACCCUAGCGUGAAUUUCAGCCGUCUCCUCCUCGAGUCGCAAACUCCAGAGACAGGAGACAGCUGAUAUUCAGUUUACUUCAACCCCUAAUGUCAACCCAACCGAAAUACUGCGACUCGUUUCUAAACGUUGAACGAAACACCAUUUCCUUCAAAGAUUUUCCCUCCUUUUAGGACAUCUGUAUCUCAGCUGUGAAGGAGAAGGACAUUGAGGCUAAACUGAGUCAGGUUGUAGCAGAGUGGAAGUCACAAAUCUUUAGUUUUGCCACAUUUAAGAACCGCGGAGAGUUACUUCUCAAAGGAGGAGAAACAACUGAAAUCAUCUCUCUGUUGGAGGACAGUCUGAUGGUGCUGGCCUCCCUGUUAAGCAACAGGUAUGUUUUGAACCGAUGCACAGGUUUACCAUUGUACAUAGGUCCACUAUCUUCGAAAGGGGUUUUCAAAUGAUUGAACGACUUGAUUUGUUUUGCAGGUACAACGCCCCUUUCAAGAAGGACAUUCAAGGCUGGGUACAGAAGCUAUCCAACACGUCUGAUAUCAUCGAGAAUUGGAUGGUCGUGCAGAAUCUGUGGGUCUACUUAGAAGCUGUGUUUGUGGGUGGUGACAUCGCUAAACAAUUACCACAGGUAUGGGUGUUAUGUUGUGCUUGUCAAGAUUUUUUUAAGGCACGGGUGACUUAGUCGGAUCAAAACGUUCAUUGCGUAGCAUUAUGCACUGAUUAGAGCUGUAUCCGGCCAACAGCAUACAGUAUUUAGUUUGUUAACCCAUUCGCCCCUGGAAGUUUGCCGAAAAAACGCGUUUUGAAGCUAGUCGAGCCGCUUUCUGGCCAUGUCUGGCCAUUAAGGACUAAAAGUUACCAAAAAGCUGUUUGCAGGUCGUGCACUGGCGGCCCUCUGUGCCCCGUUUUUUUCCCCUACCCUUUUCUCCAGUCUCUGGCAGAGUCAGAGUCUCUGGUAUGAUUUCAAAGAUCUCUUCACCCUUCACAAGUAAGUUGGUUAUCAAGAAGAAAAGUGUUUCUCUCUUCUUGGAAAUAAAAACCAUUUUCAUGUAAAUUCUUCAAAAAAUGUUUCUUGUAUUGACAACCAUCGCGUGGUUGCAAACCAAGAAUUCAGUACUGCGCUCACCCGGACGAUCCUGCUCCACCUACUUAUGAAAAGACUCCUGGGUACAAACCUUUCACAGUAGUACUUGCAGAUACACAUGUCCACUAGAGAUGAAGGAAGACAAUGCAUACUUUUUCGUUUUCAGGAAGCCAAGCGUUUUUCCAACAUUGACAAGUCCUGGGUGAAGAUCAUGACACGUGCGCACGAGACACUUAACGUGGUCACGUGCUGUGUAGGUGAUGAUACUCUGGGUCAGUUACUCCCUCACUUGCUGGAACAACUGGAGCUGUGUCAAAAAUCACUCACCGGGUUAGUCGUUUUGCAGCAAUGUUGCAAAACAAGUUGCAUUACCGUACCUUAUAUUUAGGUCAGCAAACAUGAAAACAGCGAUGAUUACAUUACAGUUCAAGAGAGAGUAAGGUGCUAUUCACCUUUACGUUAUGUUUUUCUACUUGGCUGAUUACUUUUGUAUCUUCUUUGUGUGUAGAUAUCUUGAGAAGAAGCGUCUUGUGUUUCCCCGUUUCUUCUUCGUGUCAGACCCCGCUCUUCUGGAAAUCUUGGGACAAGCCAGUGACUCACACACUAUCCAGGUCAGCUUUGUAUAGUUUCGUUGCUGUCUACUGUUGACAUCUGCAUCUUCGAGUCAAAGUUUUAACCAUGAUACGGUUUCGUCUAACUGUAAACACGUGUUCUACUUACGCCUUUUUGGAGGAAAGUCUUCAACUCUAACAAGGCAACUGCGCAUGUAUUUUUUUUCAUUCACGAACGUGGAAGAGCUGUUUAAAACUGCUUUGUUAUAUGAAAAUAAAGUUAUUCAGUGGGUCACUCAAACCAUUUAGUGUACUUUUCCGAGGAUUCAGGGGUACUUUCUUUUUUCUUUUUCUUUUUUUUUUUCAGAAACGUCUGCCUGAAUGUUUGGAAAGAUGAUUGACCUUUUCGCUAGUGUUUAGAGGGAACUGGUCUGAUAUUUUUUCUGUGUUUAUAUUCCUUAGGCUCACCUCUUGAAUGUGUUUGACAAUGUCAAAAAUGUGGAAUUUCACGAAAAGGACUACGAUAGGAUCUUAGCCAUAAUCUCUUCUGAAGGCGAGACUGUCCAAGUAAGUUUAAAUCAUUUCUGACCUUUUUUUGGGUCUUAACAUGUCACGUUUCUUUGCUUGUGCGUGCAAAAGACACUAGGGGGUGCUUACCAUUUCCACAAAACCCUCCAAGUAGAAAUCUUGUGCAUAGCCUGCAUAACAGGCGCUUCAUGAGCUAAGCGAGGCGAACGCAGCAUUUUGCGAGAAGCGCGAAACAAGUGCGAAGCGCGAGACAAAGGGAUGUUCGAGGGGGGCUCGUCUCUCGCUUUGCACUUGUUUCGCGCUUCCGGCAAAAUGCAGCGUUCACUUCGCUUGGGUCAUAAAGCGCCUGUUAUGCAGGCUAUCUGGUGCAUAAAAUUUAUGCUAAAAAAUUUGACGCGGUGGGAGUAAAGUAUAUCCAAAUCAGUUGAACACCCUAAAAGGAGGGGAAUAUUGCAUCGCCUCAAAUCACAGCCUGAUUUUGCAACCGGAAUUCCCGGUUUUCCCAUGUAAAUGGAACGUGUCUCACUCGUCGGCUUCUUUCGUGUUUCAAUAAAGUAACUUCAGAUUUUAACGUUUCUAGCUGCAAUCACUUAAUUAAGAAAGAACAGUUUGCGUAAUUCUCAAUAGCCUGCGUGGCAGGCGUUUGAAAGGGAAGGGAAAGGGAGUAUUGGGCGCGAGGGAAACGCGCGCCCCUUGCGUUUCCCCCGCGCCCAAAACACCCUUUCCCUACCCUUUCAAACGCCUGCCACGCAGGCUAAAUUCUCAAAGAAUGGAAGUAGGCUCCUACUAAUAUUCCAGAGGCACCUUCAGCUUCGUGGCAUAGAGAACCUAGGUCAAGAAAUAAUUGGAACACACUCUGAUGUCGAAUAAUUUACCCAGUUAUUCAGGCUUUUUCCUCACUUUUACAAAAGCUUGAAAAAGAGAGUCGCGGAAAGCAUUGUGUACUAACGUGGUGAGAACGCCUUCCGCAGGUUUAGAAGAACGUAACGCCUUUUGUUUUGUACAGGCGUUGCUUACAAGCGCAGUUUGUUUUUGUCAACAGCUUGAGGCCCCAGUCAUGGCUAAAGGAAAUGUAGAGCUGUGGUUAGGAGACUUGCUCAAUCAAGCUAUGAACUCACUACACGCUGUCAUCAGAGAUGCUUAUCUUGCAAUUAACGAUGGCGGCUUCAAUCUUAUGAACUUUCUUGGCCAGUUCCCCUCACAGGUUAGUUCACUACCCAGCUUUUUUCAGGGCAUUCCUCCCAAAUACUGGAACCAACCUUUUCAAGUCUACCUACAUUGCUUCUAAAGCUCUGCAAAUGCAUACCAAGUGCUGCUAUAAAGGUCUUUCUCCGGCAACUUUAAUCUUUUAGAAAUUAUAUUAGAGUUUUCAUGCCGUUAUUUCCCCGAAAAUCUUAGAUCCUGCGUAUACGCAGCAAGUAAGAUGUCUGUAUCACAGUCACACCAACUAAAUACGGAUAAAGGGGCAAAGUCGAGUGUCCGCUUUACAAAGUGGUGUCCCUGUUGUCAUAAAGAGGUAAAGACUUGUAUGAAGCUUGACAUCUUCUGUCCGUAAUAGGGAGAAGUCCGACAUGACUACCGCACACACAGGUUGUCGAAACGUCAGUCACUCUCAUCAACAACAGUCCUAUUCAGGACUACGUUCACCUGGACGAUCAAACUCAAGCUAUUUUUGAAAUGACUCCUGGGUUCAAACCUUUCACAGAGAGAAGUCCGUAAUACAUUUCGCCAUAGCUUUACAUGGUCUGAGAAAAAUUAACUAAGUUCCCACCUCCUCUCACAUUUUGCUUGUUGUUGUUUUUGAGAGCAUACCAGCAAAGAACGGUAUUUUAAUUUCUGUCCACCAUUAUCAGGUUGGAUUGCUGGGUAUUCAGAUGAUUUGGACCAGAGACGCGGAGGAAGCGCUAAAGAACGCACGGUCUGACAAGAAGGUCAUGGCGGCCACUAACCAGAAGUUUCUUAAUCUGUUGAACUCACUGAUUGAAGUCACCACACAAGAACUAACCAAGAUGGAGAGAACCAAAUUUGAGACCUUUGUCACUAUUCAUGUGCAUCAGAGAGACAUUUUCGAUGACCUCGUAAGUUAAAAUGAGAGUUUGCUGGUUCGAUGUCAUCCUCUGCAUUAGCCAUCAUAGCUAACCCAUACGCGCAAGAAUGUUGGUUAAACCAUCUUAGGUGUUGUCUUAAAAGUCUAAGUCAUCUUUAUGAAUUCAGCUCUGUUUUAGUUAAUGUAAAACGUUUCUGUUGUGACUGUCGGCUACACCAUCGCAUAUCGGGAUACAAUCCUGUUGUACCAGUUUUCAAUUUGCAUAUUAAAAUAAUAGGCCAAUUUCGAGUUGCCUCAAGCCUCUGCAGUGUUUCAAAGUGAAGCUAAGUGCGAAGCCAUUGAUUUGAAAAUAAUUUGUUAUUCUCAUGCAAAUAAAACUGAUUUGCACGACAAAGGUUUUGUUCUUAGCCUCGUUUUAAAAGUGUGAGGUUUUGGAAAUUGGAAAUGGCUUAUUUCAACAAGGAAAACUACCAUCUCCAUCUAUUAUUGCCUUCUCAAAUUGAUAAGAAAUUUAAAUUUAAAACUAGUAAUAACCAAAGGUCGAGGAGUGAGAGCGACAACGAUCGAAGGUCAAAACAGUUUUGCUCCAUUGCUCUGCUUUGCGUAAGUUUCAUGUAACAGAUGGUCAAAAUACGCGUAAUCAGAUUACGAGUGAUAGAAGGUCCAAACUGACGCGCGUGAUCAAAUUGCGUUGCGUGCAUUCCAUUCAUCCUUAGUGGAAUUCCAAACAAAUGCUGGUUACAUACAUGCGACGCAUGCGUAAUAACAACUUGGAGAUUAGGGUCGCGCGCUCCUCUUGUCGCCUUGAACAAUGUGCUAUAUAAAAUAAUUUCAUCCACAUCCCCCUCAGCUAGGGAAGGAGAAAAGAAACUCAUAACCUAACAAAUGAAUUUCUGAUUUUAUUAAGAAAAAUCAAUAUGUUUUUAAGUUUGUCUUUCCUUUUGACGUACAGGUCAAGAUGCACAUCCGCUCAGUUACAGACUUUGAAUGGCUAAAGCAGUCUCGUUUCUACUUUAAAGAAGACAUCGAUGACUGCAUCAUCUCGAUCACGGACGUGGACUUUAGUUACCAGAACGAAUUUCUGGGCUGCACAGACAGACUCGUUAUCACUCCCCUCACGGACAGAUGUUACAUAACUCUAGCUCAGGCACUGGGCAUGUCGAUGGGGGGAGCACCCGCUGGACCGGCUGGUACUGGAAAGACAGGUGGGUCAAAGCACAGCUCUUCUUAAACAAUAAAGGGACCCAUAUCUUGCCCUCCCCUCCCUUCGUCCAUUAAAUCCUUAUUACUUAUUUCUCUUGCUUUUGUCGGGAUAGCACAUUUAAAAUAAAACCUUACCACAGCAUAGUGGCCACAGUCUGUCUGGCAGAAAUGUUUUUUGGAGCUAAAUAGGUCAUAAAGUAACCCAUUUAUUAACAGAGUAAUGCAGCAGUUUAAACUUCUAAAUUCUUGGCCAAAUUCUGUGGUGUAAACAUUUUAGAGAGAUUAGAGAGGUUAAGCUUCACAUUUACAUCAAACGGCAAACGCGAAUUUGUACCAUGUGACCAAGUUUCUUUUUUACUUGUCGUUUACUGUUCAUUAUUUCUACGCACAAAUUAGUAGUUUCACUCAAUUUUUUUUUCCAUAAGAAUUGUAUCUACUCCUGCUUAUCAUUUGUUCUUCUUUCUAUCGUAGAGACAACUAAAGACAUGGGAAAGGCUCUCGGAAAAUACGUGGUUGUUUUUAAUUGCUCUGAUCAGAUGGACUUCAGGGGACUUGGUCGAAUUUACAAAGGUACAAACUGUCACAACAAUAAAAUUUCUGUGAAAGGUUUGAACCCAGGAGUCAUUUCAAAAGUAGGUUGAGUUAGAUCGUCCGGGUGAACGUAGUCCUGAAUAGGACUGUUGUUGUUGAUAGUGACUGACGUUUCGACAACCUGUGCGGUAGUCAUCUUCAGAGUCAACUCAACCUACUUUUGAAAUAAAAUUUCUCUUCACAAGAAAGACAUCGUCAUACCAUUUUCUCUUUUGGUAUGUUCUAUUAUUGUGGAGCAAGUUUGGCACAGUGGUGAAAGCAUUCGCGGGUAGAAGUCCCGGUGCUGCAUUUGAGUUGAGUUUGCUGUUGGUUCUGUCCUUUGCUUCGAGAGGUUUUUCUCCGGGUACUCCGGUUUUCCCCUCUCCUCAAAAACCAACACUUCCAAAUUUCAAUUAGAUCUUAAGAACUCCAAAGUGCCUCUUGGAUAAACAACUUACAAUACAAUAACGACCAGAAAUUGGACAAAUAACUCCUCCUCGUUAUUAGACAAAUAAUGCAAUUCUAGAGCUCUGAUUGGCUUAGCCAUCAGGGUAUAUGAGCUAUUAUACCAUUGUCUGACAGGCUUGGCGCAGUCUGGAAGCUGGGGCUGUUUUGAUGAGUUCAAUCGUAUCGAGUUGCCUGUCUUAUCAGUUGCCGCCCAGCAAAUCUACAUCGUGUUAACAGCAAAAAAGGACAGAAAGAAACAGUUUAUUUUCACGGAUGGUGAUGUGGUUGAUCUCAACCCGGAAUUUGGUAUAUUUCUUACCAUGGUGAGUGAUUUUCAUCAGAUAAAGGAUAAAGUAUGAGACGAGAAGAGAUGGAAAACUAUUGUGUCGUAAUUGUUAGAUGUAAUAUAUCAAGCAUGAGACGCAGUGUUUCAUCACCAGAUGAAACACUAAGAGAGUUGGAAAUAAGACGCGCAGCGGAGUAUUGUUUGACGAACGUCGAGGUUUUUCUUCUGAUGAUGAAACACUGUGUCGAAUGCUUGAUAUUACUUCUCAAACAAAAUAAUUUUAGAAGGAGAAAUUAAGGAUGCAAAAAUGAGCAGUUUUUCAUCUUAUUUCCAAACACUCAUUAAACUUUUUGUAUUUUCUUUAUGAAUUAUUAAUGAGUUUGAGAUGUAGAUGUUAAGCUCUAGUUCGGCUUAGAAUUUUGUAUCACUUUUUCGAUUUCUAGUGACGUUUUGCAGUUUUCAGAUGAUUAAGACGUUUUGUGACAUUCUCCCUGGAUAAGAUAUGUUGCACGUUGUUAUUGAGAGGAGCCGUUAAUAUUUUAUUAAACAUAAUAGAAGUCAUGGGAGCCAUCGGUAAAGUUGCAAAAGUACUAGCUGCCCUGAGGAGGCUAAGACCGAUAUGUCCCCAGAGUACCCUUGCCACUAUUUACAAGUCACUGAUUCUUCCGCGUCUCGAUUAUUGCAACGCUGUCUGGGGCUGUAUCGGUAAUGGUCUCAGCCAAAAACUAGAGAAACUACAAAACAAGGCUGCACGCAUAAUCUCAGGGUCUAGCUGGGAUUCCAGCUCUGCCCCGAUUCUUCAUGCCCUUAAAUGGGAUACCCUCGCUGACAGACGUUCAAAGCAACUUAAAUCUUUAAUGUUUAAAACUGUAAAUAACCUUGUACCCGAAUACCUGUCUGAUAAAUUCGCCAGCAUUAAUACCAUUCACAGGCAUAAUCUUCGAGGUGCGCAACAUAACCUGUUUAUUCCGCGACCGAACACUGAGGCCCUAAAGAAAAGUUUUCGUUAUAGGGGCGCAGUAACAUGGAACAGCCUGUCAGCUGAGGCUAAGCCGGCCACUACUUUAAAUUGUUUUUAUUCCGCUAUUGUACAUUAAGAUUUUCUUAGUUGGCAUUUAUUAUAGGAUGUUUCAAUAAUGUUUGUUAUUUUUAAGUCUUAGUUUAAUGUGCACGGCUCUUUAGAAGAUCACUUUUUAGUGAUAAGGAUUCCGUGGUUAAAUAUAGUUAUUACUUACUUACUAAUCGGAUCAGUAUAACAUUGUGGGUAACUGCCCUCAUGCCUCUUCCCCCAGAAAUUGGUUCAAGCCGACCACGCCCAUUUGACACGUUAUGUCAAAUCUCUUGGUUUUGAACAAAACGUAAACAGCCACUUCGAUGUAUUAACCAACUGGAUUACAAGGAACUUGUACUUAACGUUUCCUUCUAUGUAUUACUUAUCUCUUGUUGUAGAAUCCUGGAUAUGCGGGUCGCCAGGAAUUGCCGGAGAAUCUCAAAGUUCAGUUUCGUACAGUGGCCAUGAUGGUUCCUGACAGACAGGUAUGAGCUGCUUGAAAACUUUCCUAUUUUUGAUGGUCGGCGUCUAUGUUAAUUUUCUUUCAAUGCUUUAUAACGUUUCCACUUUAUGUAAUUUCCUGGAAAAGAUUAUUUGUCAUUUCCUUUCCAGUGUAGUGCGUAAUAGCUUCACUUGUUCAUUGGAUCGUAUUUUUCACAGAUCAUUAUGCGUGUCAAACUCGCUAGCUGUGGUUUUAUCGAGAAUGUUAUUCUGGCUCAAAAGUUCUUCACACUGUACAAGCUUUGUGAGGAGCAGCUCAGCAAACAGGUAAAAUAUCUAAGCCCCAACCUUUACCCCAGGUAGACAACGAAACCGUCUCUCGUCGUACAUCCCACCCUUAAGCCUAGCAGGUAUUCAACAAAGUUGUCCCUCGCCAGACACCCCACCUUCACCCAGGUAGACAACGAAGUCGUCCUUCGCCGUUCAGCCAACCUUUAUCCCACGUAGACAACAAAGUCUUCCCUCGCCGUACACCCCACCGUUUCUCUCUAACUCAGUUAAGUUUGAUUUUCUCUAGGUUCAUUAUGACUUUGGUUUGAGGAACAUCCUGUCAGUUUUGCGUACACUGGGAGCCGCCAAACGAGCCAACCCUCAAGACAGCGAGAGUACCACUGUAAUGAGAGUGCUAAGAGACAUGAACCUCUCCAAACUGGUAAGAAACUUCUAAAACUGGGAUAAAAACAGCAUCACAAUAGCAAAUAGAGAGACUUAGCAUGAACUUCCGACGCGCAAUUUAGCGCAUUACCAUUGGUCAAGCCGAUUUUUUGAUUUGCGCGCGCCGUCUUUACUUCCGUAAGGUUGUCUUUGUGAAAUCUGCCUAAUUAGUUUCGAGUAAUUACAUAACACAAGGUAAAGUAGGAGACUUGACUGUUUACAAACAUUUUCUCUGUUUUUUAAAUUCGUAACUAGUGAAACAAAAGAAUCCUUUGGUACAAGAACCAAUGCGCUUCUGUUUGGCCCCAAAUAUCAAUUUCGAAUUAUUUUUCAUGGCUGACAUCAUUGUUGUCUUCGUUUUUUCAGGUCGAUGAAGAUGAACCUCUUUUCCUAAGCUUGAUCAAUGAUUUAUUCCCGGGAAUUGUUCUUGACAAGGCGGGUUACCCUGAGCUAGAGUCCAUGAUCCAGAAACACGUGGAAGAAGCAGGACUCAUUUUUCACCCUCCCUGGAUUCUUAAGCUCAUCCAAGUUAGUAAAUUGUUUGUACAACCCUUUAAGACUUUGUCAUUCUCCGCUUUCUCUUUAUUUUCUUCUUCCCUUCGGAUCUAUUAUGUGAGGAGUAAGAAAAAAGGCGUUGGUUUUUUUGGUUUGAGCCUAACUCAAAAUCAAGGUUAGGUACGAUCAGGAGGGGGAUAUUGGGGUACCCCUUUUAGAGUACACACCCUUUCCUGUUACAGUCUGCGCGUUUCUCUUCUUUCUCAUCUCUUUCGUUUCCCAUAGGAUAUAGUAUCUCCAAAGUAAUAAAGGAAAUAAAGAAGUGCUUUCUUUUAGUCUGAUUUCGCGCGCCAAAAGCACUGUUUAUGCACAUGCGCCUAGCUAUCUCAUGGGAUCCCCGUUCAUUGAUGACGAGAUAGAAUCAUAUUCAAGUCGCAAGUGCGACUUAAAUAAUUCAACUCUCGGGAUCUUCACCUUUCCCUGAUGUUAAAAAGCAGGUAAAAAGCAAGACGAGUAGUAGAAUGUGAUUUAAGUGACAAAUGAUUACCCAAAUCAGGCAAACGACAUUAGAAAAUCGAAUCUGCGUCUCUUAACAGGUCAAGACUACCCUUAAACAUACUCCUCUUUUGACCUGUGAUCGUAUCAAUUUCUAACGUUUCUGUUUGCAGCAGUUUUAUUUUUCUAAAAUGGAAAAUUGUGUUUACCAGUUUUUAUUCCAAUUUAUCUACUUUUUUCAAGUUGUAUGAGACUCAGCGUGUUCGCCAUGGUAUGAUGACCCUGGGUCCCAGUGGAGCCGGCAAGACAAUGUGUAUUAACAUUUUAAUGAAAGCCAUGGGGGACUGCGGUGCUCCCCAUCGGGAAAUGCGCAUGAAUCCUAAGGCCAUCACUGCGCCUCAGAUGUUUGGUCGCCUUGACGUUGCCACCAAUGACUGGACAGACGGUAUCUUCUCUACGCUUUGGAGAAAGACACUCAAGGCAAAGAAAGGUUGCUACUCAGUUAACUGCUUAAUGCUCCGUCAAAUUACCGCUGAAUACUAAAUCUGAUGACCCAUUCAUACAGGUUUAGCCUCGACCUCAAGUGAAAUGUUCACGAAUACUAGCAGGGAGAUGCCUGAAAUUUGAAACUGAAAAAGUUAAAUGUGAAAAGAUGUACUUUUCGUUGGAAUUUGUGAAUAUAUUCACUCCAGAUGGAGGCUAACCCUGUAAAAAUGCGUGUUCAGGGCUAUACUUAUCGAGCUCAUGGUGAACUCGAAAUUGUGGUUAUUACACUUCUAUUCUUUCGAAUGAAACGCACUGAGUCGUUAGUCGCAUACAAAUCGAAAAAGUACAGGAAAUCAGUCAAAGCACACAAAGACAAUAUUCUUAAACUUCAUUUUAAAAAUUUUUGGAACAUGCCUUCCAGACCCUCCUGGUAACUGUCGCACCUAGCAAACCAAAUUCUGCCUAUGGGCUUGUGUCUGUAUUGAAAUUUUUCCCCGUCCAAUGUUGUAGGAGAGCAUAUAUGGAUUGUUCUGGAUGGACCCGUGGAUGCCAUAUGGAUUGAGAACCUAAACAGUGUACUUGACGACAACAAGACGCUCACGCUAGCCAACGGUGAUCGCAUUCCCAUGUCUCCUCAGUGUAAGGUUGUUUUUGAACCACACAACAUCGAUAACGCUUCUCCGGCCACAGUAUCGCGCAAUGGAAUGGUGUACAUGAGCUCAUCUGUCAUGGACUGGAGACCUAUAGUCAAGGUAACGAUGUGCUUUCAAGUCCAAAAGAACUUUAAAAACUAUUAACUAGGAAUGAAUUGUUGAAAUGUGUAGUCUUAACCGCAAGGCCCUAGCAUAGCGCAGUUUAAAAGGUGAUAGCACUAUCCACAGGAUAGUGGAUAGUGCAAUUGAUUUCCUUAACACUUAUCCGCUUGAUAAUGAUUUAUUUGGUGGAUAGUGCUAUCCAACGUUUUAACAACCGGGGCCAGAUUGAAAAUAAGCGGUAACAAGGAAUAACCAAUAUUCCGUGAUCAGAUAUGAAUCCGUGAACGAACAUGAAUGUCUCCAAGAAUGUAUUUCCUGUAUGCAUGUAUACUGUAUCCCCACGCUUUAUAAGUCUUUGACUAUUUUCUAAGAAACCUUUUGGCCCUAGGUAUUUAACAGGUGUAUAGUGCUAUUCACUGAACAAAUCUAUACCCGCUGGAUAACGCGAUUGGCUCCCCUAAUACUUAUCCCCUGGAGAGUGAUUUAUCCGGUGGGUAGCGCUACCCGACGUUUGAAACCCUGGGGCUUGGUAAGUCCCGUUACCAUGACACUCAACUUUUCCUUGUUUUGUAAAUCUUCAGUUUCGUUUCUUAAUAUUGCGACCAGUUUUCAGCCGGAUGUGAGUUUUUGUAAUUUUAGCGGUUACCAAUAGUCGUCUUUACCGAUCCCUUUUGAUGUGUUGUUAGGCGUGGCUGAACAAGAGAGAACCACAGGAGCACGAUGUACUGGAGCAGUUGUUCGAGUGCGUGUUUGAUGAGGUUUACACUUACGUCAAACAGAACCUGAAUCCAAAGAUGGUAGUGUUGGAGUGUAAUGUCAUCACACAGGUCUGUGCACUUCAAUAGGCAUUUUGAAAUAUUCGAUCGGGUGAAAAAUGGAAAAUGAAUUCAUUUUGGAUUCAUAUUUUUAGCAGCAACUGAAACACCUAAAAAAUUAUGUAACUUGUAAAUUUCCAGCCCUAUAUAUCCCAUUAGGAGGAUUUAUAUGGGAAAGCAACUGUUUUAAAUUCUUCCUUUGCCCAUUCAAGGCCUUAAAUUUUCUUCUGUUCAUAACAGAAAAUAGUUACCCAGUUAUAUAGGAUACAGUUUAUACACUUUAAAUACGUAAUAUACGUUUAAGUACUCAACCACUCCCCCGUUCCACCUAUUCUAAUAUUCUUUUACGUUCUCUUCAAUUCCAGUGCCUUGACCUUCUUCAAGGUCUUAUUCCAAGUAAAGAGGAGCAUGGCAUUCUGAGUGCCGCCCAUUUGAGCCGUCUGUUUGUGUUUGCUCUCAUGUGGGGAGUCGGUGCCCUCCUUGAACUGGACGAUCGCGCUAAGAUGGAAGAGUUCCUUGUUAAACACGGCAAGCUACCUUUACCUGACAUAGAUGAAGGCAGUUAUGACACAAUUUUUGAGUUUGUUGUAGAUGACUGCGGUAAGUGGGCGUUAUAAAAGUUUUAAGACUCUGCUUCGCAGGGGCUCAAUGCGGUUUUUAUGGAUCUUACAGGGCAUUUCGCGCCGUACUCACCUCAAAUAUUUGCUGAAUAUGCCUGAUUCUAUAAAGGUUGCUUUGGUAUUGAGCAAUUGCGCACCGGAAAUCUAUUGUUUGCAGGGCACUCAAGCAAAUCAGUCUCAAAUGACUGCAGUGAGUUCCGUUUGCUCAAAUUCGCAAAGCCCAAAUGCCAAUGACGCGUUGCCAAAGCAACCUUGAUUAAGUUAGGUAUAUUCAGUAACUGAGUAUCUGAAGUUUUUCAAGUUCUUAUAAUGAAGUGUUAUCUUUAUUUACCGUCAAAAGAAUAUAAUGUAACUGUUCCUAGGGACAGGGAAAAAAUUGGCCAACAACUGAUUUUGUGCGAUUAAUAAUCUUAUUCGGUUUCUAAGGAGGGUGCGUAGUUUAACCCCAUUGAUACGCUCAUGUUACUAGGCAACUGGGAGCAUUGGAGGAACCGAGUGCAGGAGUACAUCUAUCCAUCGGAUUCCAAACCUGAAUAUUCCUCUAUCCUGGUACCAAAUGUCGACAAUGUUCGAACAAGUUUCCUUAUGGAGACUAUUGCCAAGCAGCAUAAGGUAGGUAUGCUGUAUGAUGCGCACGUGCACAAAAGGGAAACCGAGUAUGAUCAGCAUUUUCAAACUCGGGAUAAGAGCAACUAAACGAGGCUAUUGUUGAUUAACACUUCCAGAUGUAAACUAAAACUGUAAACUUUUUUUCCUGCAAUUUCUAGUUGAAGGUGUUAGGUUUUCAGUCACGACAUUUAAGCUAAAUUUAAGGGAGUAAUAACGGGCUUUACUCUUGCUAUGGUUGCCAUGUUUUGGUUUCUGUACGUAACAACAACUGAUAAAAUCAAGUAAUGUUGUUUAAAUUUCAAAAACUGUUGCGAACCACCUGGAUACUGUAAAUUUAGGUAAAUGGGGUAGAAAGUUUAAGUUCAGGAGCCCUGAUCUUUGUUUGUAGGCGGUGCUGCUUAUUGGCGAACAAGGUACAGCCAAGACAGUGAUGAUCAAAGGCUACCUGGCGAAGUACAAUCCCGAAGCUCACGUGAGUAAGAGUGUGAAUUUCUCCUCGGCAACCACUCCAAUGCUAUUCCAGGUAAGUUCGCCCUACUCACGCAAGUCAAUAGAGAGCUUAAGCAAUAGGGUUUUUGAGCGACGGGCGUCAACCGGAAGUGGACUAUUUGCAUCAUUGGGCAGUGGUUUGGUUGAAGGCCUCACUUCCGGUUUACGUUCUUCGCUCAAAAACGUCUUUGCUUAAGUUUCCUACCGACCCCAGGGCCCGGUUGCAUAGAGCAACUUAAGAUUAUGAGAGAAUAUUCUGCAACUGUUUUCUAUGUUUCUAAUUAUCACUUGUACUCUCUUUGUGUCUCCUACGUUCGUUACUUAUGUCGACGUAUUCUUUCCACACUGCAGAAAGUCCUCUGGAACAAAGGGUUGCCACUUUACCUUAAGUUGCUUAUGUAAUCGGGCCCUGGUAAGGUCCAGGUCAUAUUGAACAAAGGCUACUUGAAUCACGAAGACCAACUUGCGCAUAUAUUUCGCCAAACGGACGUAAUAGCAAGGUGUUUAUAAGAUGCCACAAUGUCCAUGACGAGCAAACAGGGACUUGAACGACUGUAUAGUAGUGGAAUCCCGUUAAUACGGACACCAAUGGGCCAAAACAAAUGGCCGUAUUAACGAGGGUUUUUUUUUACCACGAAAAUGUAUGGUGGUUUUUGCCAGGCGGCCAAAAAAGUGGCUGUAAUAACGAGGUGACCGUAUUACCGAGGUGGCCGUAAGGCGGGGUUUCACUGUACUUAUUUUGGGAAACAACUUCAGUCAGUGAAGAAAUGGUACGUCGUGUCCAAAGAAAUGACCGUGCCUAGUGAUCAGUGUAUGUUGACCCACAUUUUCUGAUUGAAUUGAAAAUCUUUAACGCUGUAAAACCUCCUUAUUAGCGGACCAUUGAGAGCUACGUGGACAAACGAGUUGGUACAACGUACGGUCCUCCCGCUGGCCGGAAAAUGACCUGCUUCAUUGAUGACAUCAACAUGCCCAUAAUUAAUGAAUGGGGUGACCAGGUUAGUUAUGAUUGCUGGUGUGCACAAAUUCGUCAUGUGCUAGGCGUUUUGACGACAUUUAUCAUCCCUUCCUUAUCGAUUCUCAAUAUUUGAAGAGGUUGGGGGUUGACAGCCCUCCUAGCAUACCCUCUCCUCUGCUGGAAACUCUAACGCAGUGUACCUUGCAUUGUUACGUAGAUAACCAAUGAAAUUGUUCGUCAAGUCAUGGAACAACAAGGUUUUUACAAUCUGGAGAAACCUGGCGAGUUCACGCACAUUGUCGACAUUCAGUUUAUCGCGGCAAUGAUUCAUCCAGGGGGAGGAAGAAAUGAUAUUCCUGAACGAUUGAAACGACAGUUUUCUAUCUUUAACUGUACCUUGCCUUCAAAUGCCUCUAUAGAUAAAAUCUUCGGUAAGUUACCAGAUUUACUCCAAUCUAAUCUUAGGUGAAUAGUUUCUUCUGAUUUGUUCCCUUUUCAAAAAACAUUGCAGCUUUCGGCGUCCAUUCUUAAAUUUUCUUAAAGUUAAGGUUUGAAACUGAACGCCGAAAGCUUAAAUUCAGUUUCAAAAACAUGUUAAGCCGUGCACUCUUUUUACCUGAAAUGAAUUUUUAUCCUGUUUACUCUCCCACGUUUCAUCGUCAAUUAUAUCGUUUUUUUUAUUUACCGCUAUAUUAUUUACCCUGUUAAAUAUGCUGCACGUUAUUUUAAUAGAAAUAGUGAGUAGAAGAAAGGUGGAAUUGCUUGAGAACCAUGAUAGACUCAAACGCAAAAAAGUAUUUUCUUGAUGACCAUUAAAUGCUUUUGUACAAGACAGUUCUUGUCGAAGCGUUCACUGUCCUCAGUACCUUUGAAAGACAGAAGAAAAAUUCAUCGGUUUCGAACGUUUUACCAAGUACACAACAUGGUGAUCGCUUUACCGGUACCACAUUACUUCCAGCAGUCGCUGCGUUUGACAAGAAGCCACUCGACGCAUAUUCAACCUAACGCUUGUCAUGACUUUUAUCUCUUAAGCUUCUUUCCGAGAACUACAAAGGAUUGGAACCUAAUCCCCCCUACGAAAGUUAUUGAAAUUUGUGUUAUUACCUUAGCUAUAAUUUUUAAGUUUAUCUUAUAUUUCUUAUUAUCUCUUUUCGAUGCGAAAGCGUUAAGGAGUAUAUAAGAAGAAGUAGAAGCGCUGGCAGCGCCAGUCAGGAACCGGGUUUCACGAGAUUCUUGUUCCUCUCUUCAAAAUUGUAUGAUAAUAACUCUCCUUUUGUUCUUUUUCUUUUUGUCUUACACCAACCAAGGUGUUAUUGGUACUGGCUACUUCUGUUCGUCGCGAUUUUCGGAUGAAGUUUGUAGCACUGUAGCUGAGCUCGUGACCUGUACAAGGAUCCUCUGGCAGAAAACCAAGGUAUGUACUCGCUGCUAUUACGAUACAGCUCUUUAUUUUUCCUUAUUAUUUUUUUUAAAAAAUCCUUAAGGAUGUCACAUGGUGCGAUGCCUGCUUGUGUUUAGUAUCAAAAGUCGGGUUUGUAUUACAGAAACAGAGUGUACAGGAAGCAAGGUUUUUUUUUUUUUUUUUUUUUUCAAAGCUAACAAGUCAGCCUGACGCGUAUCUACUGGGGGAAAAAUGGCUACUGGUACUGGCUAAAUUCAGUCUCACUCACAUGCCUUUUAUUGUAGGUUAAGAUGUUACCUACGCCUGCUAAAUUUCACUAUAUCUUUAAUCUGCGUGAUCUUUCCCGGAUCUGGGAAGGCAUGCUGAACGUGGCCGGAGAAGAAGUUGACACGAAGAAGCUUGCAUUGGCACUUUGGAAACACGAGUGCACUCGAGUGAUAGCCGACCGCUUUACCAACGAAGCCGACCGCAAGUGGUUUGAAAAGACGUCGACCAAAGUGAUCGAGGAUCAUAUGGAAGAUGACGCAGUGAACCAGCUGUUGGAUGAGCCCUACUUUGUGGACUUUCUCAGGUGAUUGUCCGUGUGCACGUUUGCGCCGAUAUUAAAAGUUCCUUUCGCAUGCUCUUGUGAAGAGCCAUAAAAGUAAGGAUACAAAGACUCAACCUCGUUCCCAGCCUUCUUGGCGUUUUAUGAUGCGACGUCACUUCAAGCGUGAUGGAAAAAUUCGCGUUUGGUGCCAAGCCUCCUCUCAAACUGACCUGGGAACGAGACUGAAGCAAAAUAAAUAAUUUUAUGCGCAUCCUCAUCCUCGUUCCUGGAAUUCCUUGGCGAGUUCUGAUGUGACGUCGCCCGCCAAGAUUGAUGGGAAAUUUUGUCGUCCGGUUCCAAGCCUCCUCCGCUCACCCACAUAUCGAACUGGUUUGAUGACGACGCUGAAGUAGACUAAGAGAACUCGCUGAAAGAUGCGAAUUAAAAAAUUGUUUCAAUAGUAGUUUAAUAUCAAUAGUAAUUACAAUUUAACCUCUUUUUUUUCUCGUCUUACUAUUAGCUAUCACCAAAUUUGACAUUUUUUUCUCUAAAUGGAUGUAAUAAAGGUUGUUCUUGUUGUUGUUCUUGUUGAGGAUAGCCUGGGAUAUAUUCAAGGAAGCACAGGACGAAAAUUUACGUUUACAAACACAACCAUACAAAAAAAAUUAACAUCGUAAUAGCCAAUGAAAGAAACCAUAUUGUCCUUCAAAGGGUUCGAAUGGAUGAUUGAAUAAGACGUCUAUCUCCUAAUUAACGAGCUUAUGAAUACGUUGAUCGUUUUUUUCCAUGUUUCAGAGACGCUCCGGAACCAACAGGAGAAGAACCCGAAGAUGCAGAGUUAGACGCUCCCAAAAUCUACGAGAUGGUGAAUAACCGAUAAUAUGAAAUUUUUUCAACUUUUUUAUGCUCUGGUAUUUAUUCAGCUUUCCCAAACUCUUCUCUGUGACAGGUGCCAACGUUGAAUUUUCUGAACGAGAAGCUGGGUCAAUACAUGUCAAUGUAUAAUGACACCGUCAGGGGAGCACACUUGGACCUCGUGUUCUUCAAGGACGCUAUGGUUCAUCUGGUCAAGGCAAGUGUGUCGGGUCAUUAGGCAAAACAAACACCAUACGUUGUCAUAACAAAAUUUUGUUUGUUAUUUAUCAAUUCAGAUAUCUCGUAUUAUCCGCACGCCGUGCGGUAAUGCUCUCCUCGUUGGAGUGGGUGGUUCAGGCAAGCAAUCUCUUACAAGGUUGGCUUCUUUUAUCGCUGGAUACAAGAUUUUUCAAAUCACCCUCUCAAGGUAAAUGUAUCACGUAUGAUUCACAGACUGUAAGUUAAGGGACCUUAAGAUACACCGUUUGAAAUCUUCGGAGACAGGUGAAUGAACAGGUUUGUUGCAGUAAAUUUUUAAUUUCAGUUAAUUUUUGUUUUUUCAUUGUUCUAAAUUCAUUAACAUGCAUACAUUACCAUGCCCAAAAAACGAUGGAAAGAUAAAAAUUAACUGAAAUAGAAAAUUAACUGCAACAGGUUUUCUAUGUAUUUGUAUCAGUGUUUAAGGCAUAAUUGUUUCAUUAUAAGCCCUAGCCUUAAUUUUUCCGGGGGUUUGAGGUCAGGUUCCCCCAACAGUGGAAACAUUGUACUUUAGGGUCUUUUAUAGUUUUUACUCUCUCUGAAUGACCUUAAAGAGCUUCCAGUCGGGGCUUAUUCAGGAAAGUCUUGUCACAUUUAGGUAUUCGUUGCUUUUUUAUCAUAUCCUGUCAAGUGUAAGCUGAUUUCAGUUCACUAUGUUUCGGUUUUACUUUCGCUUCUGUUGUAUGACGGUUUUGUUCUCAAAUUACAUCAUACUGUAGUUAUUGUAACAUUUCAACCGAAAACGGGGGGCAGGGCUGGGGGGAGGGGGGGGUGGUGCUUAUUAAGUUUUUCUUUCACCCAACUGUAACCUUCUGACUAAAGCUACGAAAGAAAAUCAAAGUUAUUUGUAUUUCGUUGCUAUUGAUUUAGAUCUUACAACGUGAGCAACUUGAUGGAUGACUUGAAGUAUUUGUAUCGAGUGGCUGGGUUCGAGGGCAAUGGCAUCACAUUUAUCUUCACUGACAAUGAAAUCAAGGAUGAAAGUUUCCUGGAGUACCUUAAUAACGUUCUUUCUUCAGGGGAGGUAAACCGCCCAACCGUGUUAAACAUACUGCUAGUACACCUCUUUAUAAACGUCUUUGCACCAGUGCUUAGCAAACGUGAUGAAUUUUUAAGUGAAACUUUACCACGCUUAAAGCUACAUCUGGCAUAGUGUCUCUUCAGUAGUGAAUUCUACUAAUUGCUGUCUAACUUUCAGAUUGGUAUUGCCACACCCCCUCCCCCCUCCCCCUUUUACGCAACAUUAAUGGACCAAUACAUUUUUAACUCGUGGGUACGCGCGAGCGUACCACGAGUUAUUGCAGGGACUGAGAAAUGCAAAUAAGUCACUCACUCACUCGUAGUAGACGCACUUCGUAAUUAAUCGGGUCCGAACUCGAGAGCGCGAAGAUCUAUCGUUUCCAAAGAAGCACGCGCUCGCCGAAGUUCGGUAGCAUCAAAUUCCUCGCUGCGAGCGUGCAUCGUGCGCUACAGCACGGUUAGGAUAGAGGUCUUACCAAAUUUAAGACAGGCAGGAAUCUUUCAAAUUUGUACGAUUCAAAAGCCUUUGACCCGUCCAGGCGUUAAACUUGACAAGAAGAUGAACAUUUGCUCUUCGACUCCUUCAACUUCGACGCUGGCUUGAUCUCCUACCUUGUAGUAAUGUAGUAGGUUAUGUGUAUGAAUGAAUUUUUGGCGGUCAGUAUAAAACACGGACUGCGGACUACGGACUGCGGUCUGGGUAUAAAAUACGGACUAUAAAAUACGGACUGGUGAAAUGUAUGGUAAAGAAAGGGACUUCUUCUUCUUCUUCUUCUUCUUCUUCUUCUUCUUCUUCUUCUUCUUCUUCUUCUUCUUCUUCUUCUUCUUCUUCUUCUUCUUCUUCUUCUUCUUCUUCUUCUUCUUCUUCUUCUUCUUCUUCUUCUUCUUCUUCUUCUUCUUCUUCUUCUUCUUCUUCUUCUUCUUCUUCUUCUUCUUCUUCUUCUUCUUCUUCUUCUUCUUCUUCUUCUUCUUCUUCUUCUUCUUCUUCUUCUUCUUCUUCUUCUUCUUCUUCUUCUUCUUCUUCUUCUUCUUCUUCUUCUUCUUCUUCUUCUUCUUCUUCUUCUUCUUCUUCUUCUUCUUCUUCUUCUUCUUCUUCUUCUUCUUCUUCUUCUUCUUCUUCUUCUUCUUCUUCUUCUUCUUCUUCUUCUUCUUCUUCUUCUUCUUCUUCUUCUUCUUCUUCUUCUUCUUCUUCUUCUUCUUCUUCUUCUUCUUCUUCUUCUUCUUCUUCUUCUUCUUCUUCUUCUUCUUCUUCUUCUUCUUCUUCUUCUUCUUCUUCUUCUUCUUCUUCUUCUUCUUCUUCUUCUUCUUCUUCUUCUUCUUCUUCUUCUUCUUCUUCUUCUUCUUCUUCUUCUUCUUCUUCUUCUUCUUCUUCUUCUUCUUCUUCUUCUUCUUCUUCUUCUUCUUCUUCUUCUUCUUCUUCUUCUUCUUCUUCUUCUUCUUCUUCUUCUUCUUCUUCUUCUUCUUCUUCUUCUUCUUCUUCUUCUUCUUCUUCUUCUUCUUCUUCUUCUUCUUCUUCUUCUUCUUCUUCUUCUUCUUCUUCUUCUUCUUCUUCUUCUUCUUCUUCUUCUUCUUCUUCUUCUUCUUCUUCUUCUUCUUCUUCUUCUUCUUCUUCUUCUUCUUCUUCUUCUUCUUCUUCUUCUUCUUCUUCUUCUUCUUCUUCUUCUUCUUCUUCUUCUUCUUCUUCUUCUUCUUCUUCUUCUUCUUCUUCUUCUUCUUCUUCUUCUUCUUCUUCUUCUUUUUCUUCUUCUUCUUCUUCUUCUUCUUCUUCUUCUUCUUCUUCUUCUUCUUCUUCUUCUUCUUCUUCUUCUUCUUCUUCUUCUUCUUCUUCUUCUUCUUCUUCUUCUUCUUCUUCUUCUUCUUCUUCUUCUUCUGCUUCGAGUCGUUUUUAUGGCUCGAUCCUUUGCCGGGGGAAGUUCCAUGGAAAAGGCAUUAAAUCUGAGACUUUUCGCUAAAUCACGUGACCAUCCUCAAUGGCGUAGUGGCUGUGUGAAGUCGGGUCAAGCCGAAGGUACCGGGUUCAAAUCCUGCUAAGACCUUCUUUUUCCCUUCUUCCUUUUUUUUUUCUUUUUUGUUUUGUCUUGUUUGCUUAUUUUGUUUUGCUGUUUUUUUUUGUUUUGUUUUUAAAUAUAUACUUAAAUAACUGUUACUAAAGUGCAAUAAACAGCAAGAAAAGUAUUGUGUUUCCAGAACAAGGAUAGUAUAUUUAUAAUAUGAAUUUCUAUCAUUUCCUAAAAUUCACUGUGGGAAAACCAGUGGUGAUAACUAAUUGAUUACUUUCUAAACAACGUACCCACGAGUUGACGAUAGUCUUUCUUUGAUUACCGUAUCUUAUCUUGGUGUUUCAGGUCUCCAACUUAUUCGCCCGAGAUGAACUGGAUGAAAUAACCCAAGGCUUGAUUGGACCAAUGAAAAAGGAGCUACCCAGAGUACCCCCUACCAACGAUAACUUGUACAACUACUUCAUCUCUCGCUCCAGGAAGAACCUACACGUCGUUUUGUGUUUCUCGCCUGUAAGUGUUCUUUCGUUACUUUAGAUACAGGUCUUAAAUAAUGCGAGUCUCUGUUUUCAUUACCGCUUCCGCGUUGUUUCCUUAAUAGGGACUUUAAGAUUCAACGACGCGACGGCAACGAGAACGUCGCUUAGAAAGUAAAUUUGCAUUCUUUCAGUCUGAUCGCGAUUGUUCCUACCCACUUACUUCUCAAAUGUAGAAGAACCCUCCUGAAGUUGAAUUCCAAGAGAAAUUAAAUUCUUAAUACAGAAAGAAAAAUAAAAUUUCCUCGUUGCUUGUUUACGUUGUCCAUAAAACGCGAAAAUUAAGCAUUUCACGUCGUAGUCGUGCAAAAACGGCAAAGAAAUGUACAAAAAACUUUGAUGCACGUGAAAAGUUGUUGUUUUGCUUAUGAAAUUAACCUGUUGUUUUUUGACGUUCUCGUUGCCGUCUCGUCGUCGGAUCUUGAAGUCCCCAAUAAGGGGCUUGAGCAACGAGGACGUCGACGCUAACAAUAACGGCAAAAAAGAGAUGGAUCUAGCUAUGUUUACACUAUGCUGGAUAGCUUUUGGGCCGCUACGAGAACCAUACCGGAUAGUGCUUCUGUUCAUACAUAAGAACGGUGAUUUCGGCGCGACUUCUGUGGCGGAGAGAAGCUGACUGUGCCGAUUGCUUAAGUGGAGAGUCACAUAUCGGAUAGGAAAACGGUCGAAAAGUUGAUCAGUAUAACAGGGAAUAUUAAAUUGUCGUGCGCGAUGUUUCUUUGCCGUAUAUAUAGACAACUAUGAAUUCAUCUGUUUCCAGCCCCUUCAAUGCGCGUAACCAUUUGGGUAUUAUGUUUAUCACGUGAUAAUUUGAAAGCACUAUCUUUAGAUGAAUACGCACUUAUGUGCUAGAUGUUGUACCGCGCGUCCCCACUGCCAAGUUAAGCACCAAGGAUCAUAGCAACUAUUUCGUUUGGCACAAUAGGUGGGAGAGAAAUUCCGAAAUCGUUCUCUGAAGUUCCCUGGACUGAUCAGCGGUUGUACAAUGGACUGGUUCACCCGUUGGCCAAAGGAUGCAUUGAUCGCAGUAGCAGAUUACUUUUUGUCCAAGUUUGAUAUCACGUGUUCAGCAAGUAUCAAGAACAGUGUAGUUCGCACCAUGGGCACAUUUCAUGACGGGGUGGCCGAGGCUUGCGUCGAGUACUUUGAAAGGCAAGUAUCUUGCUUGAGAGGAAACUAGAAAGGAAAUGAUUGGAGAGUACUAAUACUACUACUUUUUAAAUAUGAAGGAGAAAACGAGAUGAAUUCUGGUCUUAGUAGUAAAAAGACGUCAUCAUGCAGAUGGCUUGUUAACCUAAGAGAGUGGCUAAUCUAUGAUAUAUGCGUCAAUACUUCUCUACAGAUUCCGCCGUCAAACCCAUGUAACUCCUAAGUCAUAUCUGUCGUUUGUUGACGGCUACAAAACCAUCUACGCGGAGAAGAGGUCACAGAUUGGUGAGCUAGCCAACCGAAUGAAUACAGGUCUGGAUAAACUGGUGGAAGCUAGCGAAUCAGUAGCUGAACUGUCUAAAGAACUUGUGGUAAAAGAGAAAGAACUUGCUGUUGCCUCUGUAAAAGCUGACAAGGUAACGCUCAUAACGAGUAACUAGCUUGAUUGUAAAUUUUACCCACGAAAUAUGAACUCGUUUCAAUGCGCCCAUGCAAUCCAAAUGAAAUUGGAAUUUGGAAGGGUUGGUCUUUGAUUGGAGUGGGAAACCGGAGAACCUGGUGAAAACCUGUCGGAGCAAGGAGAGAGCCAACAACAAACUCAACUCACAAAUGGCGUCGACUCUGGGAUUUGAACCCGGGCCACAUUGGUGGGAGAAACGUGCUCUCACCACUGCUCCACCCUUGCUUCCCCGACCGUGGCAUAAAGUUGGAGUGACUCUUACGUAUUCUGUGUUUGCGCCAAGACAUUUGAAAAAGCAAAAUUGAGCGAAUGUAAUUUGUGCAAGUUUGCUCUUUAAAAAUUACGGUAUUGAAGCGUAAGAGAAAGGCAAAGCACCGUGGUCUAAUAAUGGCCUGGGGUUCUCAUUCAGCAGUGUGACUAGAUGAUAACGCGCUAUUUUCAGCAGAAGUAAGUACCCAAAAAUGUCGGGGUGUGGCUACGCCCAAGCACUAUGCACCAGGGCCCAGUUGUUUGAAGGCCGAUUAGCGCUUAACCCGGGGUUAAAUGUAAUCCGGGUUUCUCUUUCUUGUAUUCAAAAGCAUUCUCUCGGAUAAUUUUUUCUGUUAUAGUUAGAGCUUUCUAUCAUCAACUUGUAGACAAAAAGAAUUAAAACUGAAAUUCUUUUUAAGCUUUCAAAUCUGAAUUCAGAUCUGGCACUAACCCUGGGUUAUCUUAACCCGGCUUUGAACAACUCGGCCCAGGAACGUUAUUACGCAACUGAUUGGAGAGUGUACAGAAUAAUUAACACUUUUGUUUUAUUUAGGUGCUGGCAGAAGUGACGGUCAGUGCCCAAGCUGCCGAGAAAGUUAAGGCCUCUGUACAGAAAGUUAAGGAUAAAGCUCAAGCCAUAGUGGACGAAAUUGAGGUCAGUUUUAGCUUAAUGGUAAAUAUCCACGAAUUUUCUCCAUGACUAACAAGGUGUGUAAACAUUUAUAGGCUGACAAAGCAUUUGCGGAGAAGAAGUUAUCAGCUGCCAAACCAGCUCUGGAGGAGGCAGAGGCAGCUCUUCAGGUUUUUACAAAUUUUGUCCAAUAUUGUUUUAUCAUCAUCAUCAUCAUCAUCAUCAUCAUCAUCAUCAUAAUCAGUAUUAUUAUUAUUAUUACAUCCACUUUGAAAAACCAGCAAUCUGGAGUGUGAUUUAUUCCUAAAGCACCAGAGGCUAAAUCGCAUCUUCAAAGGUCAUUUUUAAAUCGCAUCAUUUCUUAAAUCGCACCAUUUUUGUUCUAUAUAUUGCAUCAUUUCUGUUUUGAAUACAAAAUGAGAUGUAAAAGCCUUUUGUUUCGGCUUUUUAACAAAUUGUUUUACUCGAUCAAUAAAAUAUACUGACUAAAUUCUCAUUUCAAAAUGGAUGUAAUAAAGUGGUAUUAUCAUUGUCAUCAUUUUUGGUCUGAAAUCGUGACUUAAUCAAAUCUUCGUUUCGAUUUUGAAAUCAUCAUUCAUCUUUAUCAUUAUCAUUGUCAUCAUUAUUAUCAUAAUUUUUAGUUAUCAUUUCAUUGUUUUUCAUUAAAAAUUUUUGAACGUUUUAAAAAAAGGAACCUCUCUCGCAUUUCAGUUCAGGGAACUCACACAGGUACACAAUGUUGAGGGUUUUCAAUUGAUAGACAUUUUCAUACAAAUCCAACUGUUGAAUCUCUGACAGAAUGUCUGUUCACAGAAAUGCGAGAAAGGUCAAUACAAAAUUACAACCUGAUUCACAAACUCUUGACUCUGUCCAAGUGAUCUCUAAUGCUUGAUAAGCUGCAUGUUAUUUUGUAUUUUGCUCUCAUUAGACAAUUAAAGCCGCAGAUAUCUCGACGGUCCGAAAGCUGGCCAAGCCACCUCAUCUGAUCAUGCGCAUUAUGGAUUGUGUGCUGUUGCUAUUCAGACGAACUAUUUCUCCUGUCAUUUACGAUGCAGAAAGGGAAUGUGUGACUCCUAGUUGGGGAGAGUCGCUUAAGGUAACUAUGGCAAUGCCUUUGGCAAAUUCACAUCGCGCUAUUGCGGUUGCUCUCAAAUGGUGACCAUGAGGAGUUGCUAGGCGACAUCGAAAAAAUCAGAGUACCCCGCAGUGGUGGAUCCAGGGGAGGAAAACCGCCCCACCCCCUUCCCUGAAGGUCUGGAUCCGCAACUGUCGGGCUCGUAUUGAAGUUUUUGGUUUUUAGAAACCUCCACAAACGAGGACGAGGGUUGUUAUUUCACACCUUAGAGAGUAGUCAUUUGUUAUGUGACAUAACAUACGAAUCACACCCGGGUUCACCCAAGAAUUUGCAAAAAGACAUGGCGGAAACAAAUGCAGUAAUCCGUUUAAUAAGACGGUGCAUUGAAAAAUAGAUAUGCCUAUCACUUGACCUAAUCUUACAGUAGAUGGCUUUUAAAGACGAGAAAAAGUUUUACCGGCUUAGAUACCUUAGAGUAACCAACCCUAGCAACCGUAAAAAACCCCUUUAGCAAAACCGGUUCAAUGUGACGCCCGAAAGAACUUUUUGCGUCAUCAGGCAAAUGCGCUUAUUGCGCAAAAUUACACCCUGAAAUGAACACUGAUAACUUUCCAGUCAACCUUUUAGUAAAGGAGCAUAAUAUGUCAAAGUGUUAGCAAGUUACAGCGCCUUCUUUCCUCUAUGUAUCUAAAAGCCGUAUUUUUCUGCACAGCUCAUGAGCCAAGGAGGGUUUCUUCAGAAUCUAGUGAAUUUUCCCAAGGACACGAUCAACGAGGAAGCCGUCGAAUUGUUACAGCCAUACUUACAGAUGGAAGACUACAACCUAGCUACCGCCAAAAAGGUUCUUAACAUUUCUAGUUUUCAAAUUUGUUCCAUUUUUACAAAACCACCGCCUGGCUGGAGCAACACUCAGUGUCUUUUUAAAAAUAACUGAGGAGAAAGUGCUGCCUUUCCAACGGCAUCUGCAAACAGUUAGACUUUCUAGUCUUCUAGGACAAGGACAAAAAUCCGUAGGUCUCGUGUCACAACCUUUUUACUUCUCUGGUUCUUGUGGGACGUAAAACAAUCCACACCGCUGUUCGAAAAGAGUAGGGGACGUAGACCCCGGUGGUGUGGCCAACCUUUCCUGGGCUAAGUGGGUUAUCUGUACGGACAAACUUAAAUUGAAGCCCCUCUCUGAUGUGUGUUCCGCACCAUAUGGUGGAAGUGAUGAAAUUAAAUUAAUUAAAUUAAACUGUUGUUCUUUUCAUUACCUGGCCCCGGUUGCUCAAACGUCCGAUAGCGCUUUCGAACGGAUAAAUCAUUCUUCAGGGAACCGGUUGCUUUAUCCACUGAACAGAGAUUUAUCCAGUAGAUAGUGUUAUCCACCUCUUGAACAACUGGUUCUUGCAAUUUUUAUUAGACUGUAUGUUGGAACUGGAUGAAGCCUUUUUGAAAUGAUGGUUAGUUUACGCGAAGCGUUUGAUUUUUCACAUCAAUUUUGUUGACAGGUCUGUGGAAACGUUGCUGGCUUGUGUUCAUGGACUUGUGCUAUGGCUUUUUUCUACGGCGUGAACAAAGAAGUUUUGCCUCUCAAGGUACAGAAACCUGAAAGUUUUCCCCCUAAACACGUUCAGUUUUGGCACUAACUCUGCAUUUUCGAUUUUCGUAUGACCUUGAAAUGAAAACACGCGAACAAAACAGAAACAACAAAUGAACGAAAAUAGAGCGAUUUGAUUGGUUAAUCGAGCGGAUACAAAUGCGCGUGGCUUUUGGUCGGUUCAGCGAACGCUCGGGUGAAAAAACGUCAUGCCCUAGAACUUUCUAGAAAUCAAUUGAUACUUCACUUUGACGUCAUACUGAAACACGAUUGGCCACUCGAACAAUGCCUCUCCAUAUGAGGGUUUUCUUUGGCGGGAAAACGAAGAGUCCAUGUUUUGAUCUUUUCAUCCAUUGGCUCAUAAAACAAAUAACUAACAUUUACCGAAACCAUUUUGAAAGGUCAUACAAAACCGCUCUAUCCUACUGACAUAGCCACGUUAACAGAACUGAAUAGUUGUUCUGCAGGGUUUUGGUCUUGUGGUUCAAAGUUAAAAUGCGUAUAAAAUUCAUCUUUGCUUUCAGGCUAAUUUAGUGGUACAAGAAGCCCGUUUGAACGUAGCUUCUACUGAGCUAAACAGUGCACAGGAAAAGCUUGAUGAUAAGCAGAGAGAACUUGAUAAGGUUCAAGCUAUGUACGAUGCUGCCGUCAAGGAAAAGCAGGUGAAUUUAUAUAUUGUGCACUGCGUGAAAUAAGUAAUUUAGUGGAAUUUCAAAGGGCCACGAUACUCCAUGGCACCUUGCAAAUCUUAUAUUGAUACGCAAGGUGUCACGAAACGCGGGGUUUCAGAGGGUGUCAUGUCCCUGAUACUUCUGUCGUGAAACAUCAGGCCAAAUCGUAGCCCGGAGACGUCUACUGCGGUGUGUCAAGAAAUAUACGAGCUCUGACACUUAGCGACAUCAGUUAGCCACAACUAUGUCGACUUUCGUCAGUGAGGUAGAAUAGCAUGAAAAUUGAAAUUUACGAAAAAUUAAACUUUACCUGAUACGGUGUUUCAAUUUUAUCCCUGGUUUAAAUUGUUUCCCUUUGUUUUAAACUCAUUAUCAUAGAUUACCAUACGCCAAAACAAAGGGAAAAAAAUUGAAUCAAAGGUAAAAUUGAACUACAACACUCCUAGAAUCAUGGACAAAAAUCUUUAGAUAAAUUUGAAGUUUGUGGGGCUUUCUUUAAAUUACACAUGCCAAACCCCUACCCCACAAACAACGUUAGACGCGUUCAUCCAGAAUUUUUCAGAGUUUCAACAUUGUGUAGGAUUUGGGAUGCUGUCCCAGGACUGCCAGGAUUGUAGAGAUGUUAGACGAUAGUACAGGCCAUAUACUUCAAAUUACUUCACGUGCAUAGCAAGUCUAAAUUCUUUUGUAUGGACAAAAUAGAUCCACACCAGUCCUUAAGCAGCUCACCUUACUACCUUAAAAAUUUGCUUUCCUCGGCACUGUCGUCAUUUUGAAGUAUGACCUUCUCACCUCAGGCCUUGUUCACACUACAUCGUGGAAAACGCAACUUUAUUGUCCACCUAAAAUGGAACUGUAUUUGAAACGCUCUUCAAAGUGGAUAUUUGAAAACGCAUUUUAUCCGCUCUUGACUGAAAAGGUGUAUAUCUUAAAUACGGUAAAAGCUGUGUGUAAACGAAUAAAACAGUUUUCAGGGUAGUUAAAAGAUUAAGUUCAAGAAUGAGUCAUCAGUGACAGUGCAAGAUGAGUGACUUCAACUAAUUUGCUCCUUUGAUAAUUCUCUUUUUAUCUUCUUUAGGACUUGCUAGACGAUGCAGAAUCGUGUAAGAACAAAAUGCAAGCCGCAUCCGCACUCAUUGCAGGCCUGGGAGGUGAGAAGAUUCGAUGGACGCAGCAAAGUAAAGAGUUCCAAGAUCAGAUAGGCAGGUAUGAACGUUUGUCCAUAUGGCUUGUCUUGAAAUGUGCAUAUAUUUCAAGAAUGUUAAUAGAAAUAGACGUUAUUUGCUCACUCACAAAACACCUAGGAGCCUUGAGUUCGUUUCUUUCAGAUCGAAUCAGAAUUCCGAGUGCUAGUCCACUUACUUUGCUUUGAACAGUUAAAGGAGCGAAGUACGCCAGCGCACGUAAAAAAAUCGCGGCGUGCGAGGAGAAGCAAAACGUUUCCUCGCGGAUGGCUUUUCAUGCGCGCUCUCUUAUUGCUCGCCCUACUAUCUCUGAGGAAAAUGAUGGAGUUUUCGUAGUCUACUGGAGUUCUGGUUUUACGAGACGAGUGAAAACCGGAAUAUCCGAAAGAAAAAUCUCACAGAGCAAGAGAAGGAACUCUGCUCACAUAUAGUGUGCAUCAGGGAUACGAAUCGCACUGUUGAUAGACGACUGCUCUCUCCACCAUCUCGUUCGAUCGAUUCACAUUUUUUUGAAAAAGUAAAAAAAUACACUGCACUGCUUCAUCACCCGUCGGUCUGAUAAAAACAUCAAGGAAACAAUAAUUCUCUUUCACUAAACAUCGAGUGUUGCUCAACUGAAUUGAUUAAUCCAGAUCGAUAUCGGAAAUCAAUCGAUAUUAUCGAUAUUAAACGAUUUAAUCCACCGGUUAAUAUUGAUUGAUAUCAGAAAUCUAUAGAAAUCGAAGUCACAAUAAAAAAAUAAUUUAGCGAUUAACAAAAUUGAUAACAAUCGAUAAAAAAUCAUUAUCGAUUGCAGUCAGAAAUCGAUAUUUUUUUAAAAUCCUAGUCACAACUUUUUUAUCGAUUUAUAUCGAUUGAUAUUGAAAAUCGAUAUUCAUCGGUGACUGAUAUCGAUUACUAUCGAUUAUCGAUCCUCCUUGCAGGCUUGUUGGGGAUGUGUUAUUGGCUACUGGCUUCCUGUCCUAUCUCGGUCCAUUCAAUCAGAAUUUCCGCACUCUGUUGCUAGGCAGGUGGGAGAAGGAGAUGACCGCCAACAAAAUCCCUUUCUCAGAGAAUCUCAACCUGAUCAACAUGCUAACGGACGCAGCCACGGUUGGUACUGAGUAAAGUGAUUUGUAAUCCGCUUGUUUAUGUGUUUAUGCACCUAUACGGUACUUCAAAUAGGUUCCAUGAUCUCUGCACAUGGAACCGAAAAGAGUUCUCCAUGCAGAUUGAAAAUCGAGGGCUUGUCGGUGAAUGAUUGAAAGACACUGUGUUUGGCCAGACCAUGUUCGCUUUUGGCUAAUAUUAGGCAACGUUAAGUUCACAUGGCACCGGACGAAUUUGCGACCGGUUGGAAAUUCGAGCGUUUAGAUGUUCCCUUGACAUGCCCUGGGGAAGGCACUCCUGGGAAUUCUUGUUGGGGGCGCGCCGCCCGGUUCUCCAAAUCCUGACCCUAUUUCAGACCAAAAAAUGUCAUUUUCUACACCCGUUUUCAGACCUGGCCUUUAGGCAGAAAUUGUGUCAUGGUUACUUAGAUUAGAGCGCAAACAAAAACUCUGUUCAAAUGCAUUUCGAAUUCGCAUAUUUCCAUUUCGUUCGUCUUCAUUUGGAAUUGAAACGAUAAAUACAUUCAUACGCUCCCGUAGUUCCCUUGAAAACCAUACCCACUUCCAGACCAAAAUGGGCAAAGUCUAUAUACCCGUUUUCAGACUAAAAAGGCGCAAAAUGCACAUACCUAAAUGGCUUAUAUAAGGAAGUACCCCCCCGGAGACAUGCCACGCAACAAACAAACAAACAAGUCCGUACGAAAAUUCAACCCCUUAGCCGUUCAAAGUUCCGUGUGAAAAGCGGAAAGUAUUGAUCGGUCCUAUGUGAACGAAGUGCUUGGUCAAAAUUGUAGAGGUGAAUUAGUUUUUACUCUCAUCUUUUUCAGAUUGGUGAAUGGAAUCUUCAUGGACUCCCAAGCGAUGAGCUGUCCAUUCAAAACGGUAUCAUCGUCACCAAGGCAACAAGGUAUCCUCUUCUGAUAGACCCACAAACGCAAGGCAAAGCUUGGAUCAUGAGUCGCGAGAAAGAGAACGAACUGCAGGUAUAUAACUCAAUGUCUACACAUUGCUCAAGGACUCUUGUCUAUUGACCCUAUUUAUUAACCUUUUCGCUCUCAGAAUCAAUUAAAGAGACCCGUAAACUUAUGACACGUACUUGUAACUUUUGGGUCUGUGGAUGAAAUCCUGUAGUGUGACCAUUCAAAUGAAAGCUACUGAGAACUACUUUCCUCUAGUAUUGUUUGAUAUGCUGUAAAAAGUGAUUGAGUCUGAUUGAUUGAGUCUGUGGAUGAAAUCCUAUGGUGUUACCAUUCAAAUGAAAGCUCUUCAGCAGUACUUUAACAUCGUAAUAUUUAUUUAGUAUGUAGGAUAGAAUCCUACGCUGUGAACUUUGCUUUUGAAUCUUUGAAUGAAAUCCUAUGGUGGACUCCUUAAAUUCUUAAACUCUUUGAACUGUCUGGUAUUUAGGUGACAUCACUUAACCACAAGUACUUCCGAAAUCAUCUGGAAGACUCCCUGUCACUCGGAAGACCUCUUCUUAUUGAAGACGUCGGAGAGGAACUAGACCCUGCUUUGGACAAUGUGCUGGAGAAAAACUUCAUCAAGUCUGGCUCUACUUACAAAGUAAGUACCUUGCUGAUGCCUACCUACAGUUAACUUAAAAACGGAGCAACAAAUAACGAUUUUUAUCCAUUUCCAAGUUGUUAUAUUAUUUCUGAUUCUUGUAUCGUAAUUGUUAAAUUAUUUGCACAGUGUAAGACUUAUCUUAAUUCGCAAUUUUGUUCUUGUUCGUGUUCGUGUUCGAGUUCCGAAACACCAAUGCAAAGCUUUUGAAACACCACUACCGGAAACUUGAUUUAACAGUGAUUAAAUAGUGAUUAAAUGAGAAAGCAAGGAAAUCCUGGUAAAUCUAAAGGAAAUAUAAAACUGACGAAGAGAUCAAUCAUCUGAGAUAUUUCUCUUUUUUUUAGAUCUUCUCUUUGACGCUACUCGCGAGAACGGAAUAUAUGGUAGAGAGCUCGAUACAACUACUAUGCGAAAGCAGUUUUUUGGUUUUGGCGUCACAAAAGGUUUAAAACUUGAGCGCGCGCAGAAGAAUUUUUCAAGAAAUCCGUAGGCUCGCGCGUCACUUUGGCGGUAUUUUGUUGACAGUUUUGGACGCUAUUGGCAUAGGUAGAGUAUUGUCAAAAAAGAAAAAGGAAAAGUAUAAGCAUCGGCAUUAGCAUUAGUAUUGGUAUUGGUAUUGGUAUUGGCAUUGGUAUUGGUAUUAGUAUAAGUAUUAGUUUUAGCAUCAGUAUUAGCAUUCCCAACUUGCAUGCCGUCAAAUAAGUCAGUUCAGUUUUUAUUUGCUCAUAUUAACACUCAUGUGUUUCCGUUAGGUUAAAGUUGGCGAUAAAGAAUGUGAUGUGAUGAGCGGCUUUAAAAUGUACAUCACCACAAAGCUGGGAAAUCCUUCGUACACUCCUGAGGUUAGAGACGUUGUUACCAUCUUCGAGUAUCUUCUGUAUUGUGUUUUAAAAAACUGAGUUAAAGGAUUGUGUAGCCACGGUUUUGCACAGCAACACUUCCCCACCGCUAAGCAAAAAUGGCAACAGCUGUAGAAUUUGCAUUCCAAUUCCCUUUAAUCAUAUGUGGGAAAGUUUGCAAAUAUUAGCAGUUUGCUAUCUGAUGAUCUUAACCUGUCUAAUUGUACGGUUUUUCUGGCUGUUUAGGUGAGCGCACGCACAGCAAUAAUUGACUUCACUGUGACGAUGAAAGGACUGGAAGAGCAACUUCUUGGGAGAGUGAUUAACACCGAAAAAGAGGUGAACCUUCCUUAUUCUUUACCCUGCGUAAACCUAAGAUUCGAGAUGUCAUAUCAUCCAAAGGAAGUGUUACGUUUUCAUUUUAACUUAAACGCCAUGUUUUACAGGAGCUAGAAGCAGAACGAGUGAAACUCAUGGAAGAUGUAACAACAAAUAAAAGAAAGAUGAAGGAACUUGAAGAUAAUCUAUUGUACAGGCUCACAAGUACCCAGGUGAGUUUAGCUUUUAUAUUGAUAAAGCAAUGGUACUUUUCCUGUAGUUGUGGAAACGGUUAAGGUUGGUUUUUGCAUUGAAAAGCACCAGGUAGUAUUACUAAUCUAACCCCCUUCUGGGUCGGUGAAAACCGUUUAUUGUAUCAGUGUGCGACUCGUACAUCCACUAGCAGAUUUAUUGACAAACAUCAAGGGUGAGUUAUUUUCUGUAAGAAAACAAAAGCUAUCUUUUCUUUUGAUAGAAGAUACAUUUUAGGCAUUAAAAAAGUCCAAGAAUGGAUAACAGUCCCCAGUUUGGUAGAUGUAGUAAAGAUAGCGCAGCGUCAAACGAGAACGCGAAAGCGCGCGAACAAGGACUGAACGCGACUUCUGGUACUUAAUUUGCGCUCUGUCAUUAGUCAAGUCGGUUUUUCUACUUCACUGUCGUCUCUUUGUCUUUUCUUAAUCUCCGUAGUGAAAAGUACUACGAAUUGUAUCCAAGUUCUAUGAACAAGACUUUUUUUAGCUUUCCAUUACAAAAGCAAACUGUUCUUGUAAUAACAAGAGAGGCUACGUGCAAUACUAUGUACCAUUUCAAGAUUGCGCUAUUAAAUUCUGUUCAGUGCUUUGUCUUGCCAUGGCCAUUUUAUGCCACCCACGUGGGCCAUUUAACUUGCUACGGGGCGGGGUGCAUGACUUAAACCUUAUUUUCAUCUUAUUCAGGGUUCCCUAGUAGAGGAUGAGUCUCUGGUAGCAGUGUUGAAAACUACUAAAGAAACAGCUGAGGAAGUGAGCGAGAAGCUUACUGUUGCUGCUGAGACUGAAGUGAAGAUCAACUUGGCUCGUGAGGAAUUCCGCCCUGUUGCCACGCGCGGCUCCAUUUUGUACUUCUUAAUCGUCGAGAUGAGCAUGGUGAAUGUCAUGUAUCAGACGUCACUUAAACAGUUCUUGGGAAUCUUCGAUCUGUCCAUGGCAAGGUAGUAGCACUGAGAAGUCUAUUAAUUCUUAACUAGUUCAUUCUUCAGACGUCAGACAAAUAACUCUGGAGAGCGUUUUUUUGAUGCGCAAUUUGUUCUCUUGCAAGAGACUGGAUGAAAAGCACUCUUUUUUAAAAACAUUUCAGUAUCUUUUUCUAUUGAUCGAUGCAAGACUUUCCACUUACCCAUCCCCUGACUCAACUUUUUAAUAGCAUCUUACUUAGGGUCAUAAUGUUGGUUUUGCGAAGGGGAAGGUGGGCAGAAGAUUCUGGGAAUUGAAACUGACCUCUUACCCUUCCCCUAUUAGUGUUAACAUUGACUAAGGAACGGGUAGGUGGAAAGUCUAGCAUCGAGCCCUGCCCUGUGUUAAACCUACGGCCGAAGGAGACAACUCAAAGCAAAAUAAUAACCUCGAAAUCGGUAGACUUAAGGGAGGGCUGAGGCAGGCUUUGUUAAACUUAACGACCAGAUUGAAAAAUCGCCACAUUUCAGCCCUUAUCAUUCUGCUCCAACUAAGUAUCGUGGAAUGGUAUUAUUGAAUUUUUUUUUGUGAACAGAUCUGAGAAAUCACCCAUUCCAGCGAAAAGAAUCCAAAACAUCAUUGAGUUUCUCACCUAUGAGGUCUUCAAGUAUUCGUGCCGUGGUCUGUAUGAGAACCACAAGUUCUUAUUUACUCUUCUUCUGGCGCUCAAGAUCGACAUUCAGGGCGGAAAAGUCAAGGUUCAAGAAUUUCAGACGCUAAUAAAAGGUUUGCAACAUCAUGGUUUUUACCCGUGCGCGAAUCAGUCAAAAACAAGAAGCGGCAGCUAAAAUUUCUUUUGAAGACCAAGAGUAGAGGACAACACGUAGUUCAGCUAUUUAGAGUGUAUCUUCACAUACCUGGCGCAUAAUACGAUACACAUCACUUGAAUCUUCUUUAAGACUUGCCACUCGUAACCAAUUGCUUCAAAUGGGCGCUUGAAUGCACUAGAAAAAAAUUGACGUUUCAAUUAUUUUACGUCACAAAGACCUUUGACAUGCAAGCGCGAGCGACAGAACACUCGCGCGAAAAGCGCGAGAUAGUUGCAUAACAUACUUGAGUUCUAAACUUCUAGUUGAGAGGGCGCUUUUACAGCCGAUUACGAAUAUGUUUGUAUACGUUGAUUAGAAGGCGGCCUUAUGGCUGACGGUUUAAAAAAUAUGUAUUUACUUAAGCUGAUGUAACGGGGUAUGAAGUGCCAGAGAACUUCACAUGAUCAGUUCUACCGUGCGCGCGCUUGUUUCCUCGUUAUUUUGCGUUCAAAAUGUAGCCGCGUGUAGCACCGUUUGGCCUCGUCCUGUUAAGGCAGUUAUUAGGGAGUUUGAGCAAAGACUUUUUUAAGCGACGCACCUCAAACGGAAGUUCACUUUUUGAACUCUUAGGCUCUGAUUUUGAACAAAUUAUUGGGCAAAUUGUCUCCAUAAGAGUUUAAAAACUUAGCAAUACAAAUUUGGUAGCGUCAAGGCAUAUUAAAAGAGAAAAAUGCUUACUUCUGGUCGGCGUGCGUCGCUCAAAAACAUCGCUGCUUAAACUCCCUAUUAUCCUAUAAAAGAAGUGCAUACUGCAUGUUUUAAAUAAUGACAUCAUGUGCCUCUCUGUGAAGGUGGCGCGGCGCUUGAUCUGAAGGCCGUGCAACCCAAACCUGGCAAGUGGAUCAUGGAUAUGACCUGGCUUAACUUAGUGGAGCUAAGCAAGUUACCGCAGUUCUCAGGAAUAUUAGAUCAGGUUUGUCAGUGAAACACCAAUAGGCAGCUAUGACAGCAGAUUUACGACCAACUUGUUUAUUGUUCAGCUAAGUAAAUUGCUGGAACAUACAAUUUGCUUUUAAAUCAAGUUUGUUAGUAGUCAAGUGCCGUGGAGCAUAAGCAGCUAUAGUUACUGAUGUACCAAUGUCUAGGUAGUUUUGUAGCCAGACUGGAAUCUGUUAGAAACGUGUCGCAGCUCUAACAAGACCUUUCACGAUUGUUUGGGAAAACUGUGAACGGGUAAAGUUAACAAAGGAACCUAUCCCCAAAACAAAAGAGCUGCGACCAUAAAUUAUAGGGCUCCAGUGAAGUUAGAGGUUUUAAAGAGGUGCGAGGAAAAUGCUCUGUAAGGCAGAAAUUCGAAGGAGGAGAAAACCAUAGGUCUUCUUCCUUUUCUGAUCAACUCCCGCCAAAAAGACAAGUAAAGGUGUCACUGGAUCCCUUUUACUAAAACAGUUCGAUUCACCUAAAGGUUCGUCGCAACGAGUCUGGUUGGAAACAGUGGUUUGACCAAGACGCACCUGAGGAAAGCCAAAUGCCUGAUGGUUACGAAAGCUCGUUGGACACCUUCAGGAAACUUCUUUUACUCAGGUUUGUGUUUAUUGUUUUUUAUUUGUAACAAUAUGUUGUUAACCCGAAUUUACCUUUUACUUGUUACUAUAGAAACGUAUUUUCAAGGGCUAGUUUAGAAGAGGCAAGGUCACGGCUCUAUAGGAAAUUUCGAAUUCAUACUGAACGAUCACAAAAUUAAAUGAAAUCUCAAAAAAAAAAUUGAAAAUUGUAAUUUGUUUACCUACGGAGCACUUAGGAGUGUUGUCCGUGCGUUCCAGAUCGAAUUGAAAUUUGGAAAUGUUGGUUUUUAAGGAGAUGGGAAAACCGGAGCACCCGGAGAAAAACCUCUUGGAGCAAAGGAGAGAACCAACAACACACUCAACCCACAUAUGGCGUCGACGCCAGUAUUCGAACCCGGGCCACAUUGGUGGGAGGCGAGUGCUCUCACAACUGCGCCAUCCUUGCUCUCCUCAGCUUCCUCAAACACGAGGAAUAAAAUAGUGGCGCAAUAUUGGAGUCAACUAAUUUUUCUAUAAUCUAGACUAUCAUAUACGAAAUGCCGUGAAAUGUCCUUAUUUUGCACGGAAACCCAAAUCCAUAAGGAACGUAAGUGUUGUCAAGGAGGAUCUCCUACUGGGGAAGGUGAUCACCCCUAACCUUCCCUGAGAGAGUCCGGUAGGGUUGAAAGAGAGCCCUCGCUGAUUGAAUGAUUGAUUAAUUGUGUGAUUUAUUUAAUAACUGACAGAUUGAUUGAUUGAUUGACUGAUUCCUUUUUUGAUUAAAAUACCGCACAGGUCUUGGUGUCCUGACCGUACCCUGCAUCAGGCUCGUAAAUAUAUCGCAGACACCAUGGGUGAGAGGUAUGCUGAAGGAGUGAUCCUGAACCUGGAAGCCACCUGGGAAGAGAGCAAUCCCAGGACACCACUCAUAUGCUUUCUUUCCAUGGGAUCUGAUCCUACUGGAGCUAUUGAGAACCUCGCUAAACGGAAGGGAAUUGGUACGUAUGGAGAAAAUGUAACUCUAGGCCGAUUUGCUUGCUUCUUCAGGUUUUGAUUUAAAUAUUUGAUUUCGGGUACGAAAAGUUACGGGAACUUUCGAGAAACGAACCCCUGCUUAUUACGGUUGACCUUUGGGUAUAUGGUCUAUGUCUUUGCUAUCUUGAACUUUUUCCCCUUAAAAUAGUGCAUAUGUGGAGUGUGUGGAAGUAACAAACGGAGAAAUAGAGACAUGCUAGUGAAAGCUAAUAGAGAGAGAGAGAGAAACAUCGCCCACACCUCUUAACAUGAAGUUAAUUCCAGUAAAAAUUUUAAUUUACCCUUGAGGGAGGUUUUUCUCGCUUGUCGUUGUGAAGGUAGAUAUCGAUAACGAUCUACAACAGUAAGAAUGAAAAAAACUGAAGGUGUCUCUGUUUGCCUUUUCAGUGUGGCCGGCGUUCAUUUGCAACAGAAGCAUUAUAUGCUUCUGUUUGCACUCAUCAUUCCGUCGUGGCUAAGGGGGCUGUCCACACGUGGUGACUGGGUACCGGCACAAAAUGGUGUUGUGGUCAUACCUUGAGUACCCAAUAUGUGACUGUAUACAUAGUUUUUCAUUUCGCCCUGUCGGACACCAUUUAAUUUGAAACAUGAGCUUAGCAGCGAGAAAAAAGCAGUGGACUGCCCCAGAACUUACAAAAAUUGUGUUCACACACGGACCCGGUGCCCACUUUUAGGUCGAGACCUUAUACUCGGGCACCGGUACCGUGCCUGAAUACUCGCGUGCGUGCUUGAAAAAGGGGUGUGUUCACAUUAGUACCCAGGGACUACCGUGCUCGGGCACCAGGUGUAAACGCUGCCUCAUUUGUUUCAGAAUGCCGAGCAGUAUCAAUGGGACAAGGACAGGAAGUGCACGCAAGGAGACUACUUCAACAGUCUAUGGCUGCUGUAUGUUUUUGUGGAUAUUUUAAAUUUGAUAUUUUGCUUACAAACACAACGCAACAAAAUCUGGGAGAUCGACCUAUUGGGCUGAGGCAUUUUCAUGGAAGCUUUCCUAUUUAACAAGUAGAAAUCCUAAAUAUCUCAGCUUCCUUAAGAGAACUAUUUUUUAACUUAUAAGACUAGCUCCUCGGAGCACUAUGGUAGUGCUCCCUUCAGGCGAGCUGAUUUCUUUUCUUUUUUUAUUGUUUGUUUUUGUUAGCAAAAAAAAAAGCUAAUUGUUAUACUUUUUUGACUUUUAAAGUGAUCUCUUUAAGUUUCCAUUCCAGCUUUUCACUCUUUUGGAAUUGAGACCCUUAUACAGGCAUUUCUCAUUAUGUUCGCGUGCUCUUAAUAACUGUUCGGACUUGUGUUUUGUACCCACAGGGAGGCUGGGUACUACUUCAGAACUGCCACUUGGGAUUAAACUUUAUGGACGAGCUGCUGGAGACAGUGACUACUGCGGAGUCAUCACAUGAAGGCUGUAGAGUCUGGAUCACUACUGAAGUACACAAUCAGUUUCCCAUCAGCUUACUACAGGUACGCUCAGUGAAACAAGCUUAAUUUUCAGUUCUCAAUUGUCUAAAAUACUUGAGCAAAUUUGCAUGGUGGCUUUCUGUUUUUGUUUGUUUGCCGGGACUACAGUGAAACCUGUAGUGUCCCGAUUCCUAGAACGCAAAUAGUAGCGUUGUCCGCUGAACACAGGUUCAUUUGAUAGAAAAUCUGGUGUCCAGUUAAUACAGGAAGUUCUUUCAUGCGAGGUUUGGUAAACGCUGUCACUGCAGUUAUCAAUUCUCUAAGAUACUUGAGCAAAUUUGCAUGGUGGCUUUCUGUUUUUGUUUGUUUGCCGGGACUACAGUGAAACCUGUAGUGUGCCGAUCCCUAGAACGCACAUAGUAGCGUUGUCCGCUGAACACAGGUUCAUUUGACAGAAAAUCUGGUGUCCAGUUAAUACAGGAAGUUCUUUCAUGCGAGGUUUGGUAAAUGCUGUCACAGGUGUCACUGCAUUGACUACCCUCUACAGCAACUCAAGACCUAAUGCUGUUUUACUAGUUACACCCUGUAAUGUACUAAUUGUUUGUCGUUUUAUGUAAAGGCCAUACUCAAAAUGUUACGAAGAUGAUUCCGUUUGGAACAACUUUAACGUACUUGUAUCCCGACGAAUGUUUUAAGUAAGAACGAUAGGGGAACGCUUGAUCUUUUAGGCUCGCCUUACUAGAUAUUUUUAGACUGAAAUAAGAGGAAAUGAUCUCACCAAGUUAUUCGCACAUUGUGUCGUUCACUAGUCUUCCAUAAAGUUCACCAAUGAGCCGCCACAGGGCGUGAAGCCAGGACUGAAAAGAACCUACGCUGGUAUCACCCAGGAUCAGCUGGACAUUACUAACAUGCCACAAUGGAAACCUACUCUCUAUGCUGUUGCCUUUUUGCAUACCGUAGUUCAGGUAAAACUGGCGCUAUCAGUGACUGUUUAACACUUUGUAGGGGCCUUACCUAGGCUGCGAACGGCAGACGUUUCUCCUUGCUCGUCGCCACUGAGGGACGUUUCGCGAGGAGAAACGUCUUCCGUUCGCAGGCUAGGGCCUACCCACGAUUUAAAAACACAUAACCGCCCAUUCGGGAAGCAAGGGAUGGCGUAGUGGUGAGAACGCUCGCCUCCCACCAGUGUGGCCCGAGUUCAAAUCCCGGCGUCAACGCCAUAUGUGGGUUGAGUUUGUUGUUGGUUCUCUCCUUUGCUCUGAGAGGUUUUUCUCCGGGUACUCCGGUUUUCCCCUGUCCUCAAAAACGAACAUUUCCAAAUUCCAGUUCGAUCCACUUUGUGGAUGUGCUAUCUACAAAUCAUUCCUUAUUUAUUUAUUUAUUUUAGUAUUAAUGACCAAAAUUCACACAAUACCUCUUUCUGUCAUGAAGACAAGUGAUUACGAUACACUGACAUCUGGGUUUGUCUUCUUUGUUUUUCGGCGCGUCAAUAAUAACAAACUUCAGUGCGAGUAUAUUCCUGUUUCUCAGUGAUAACUCGUGAUUUGUAGAAUGAGUCUUAAAGUAGUUAUUGAAUGGUUUCAACAGGCGGUCCAGAUAACCUUGCCGAGGGCAUGCACUUCACCCCACCUUAGCCAGAGUUGGACCAGGGCUCAAAUGCAUGACAAAUGUUGAGUCUAUCUUACGCAUCAACCGGGGUUUUACUUGCUAAAUAAUCGUGCACUAGUACACUCUUAAAACUUCAAACGUUUUCGUUCAAUUACAGGAACGGCGCAAGUUUGGUCCACUGGGCUGGAAUAUUCCUUAUGAGUUUAACCAAGCGGACUUUGCAGCGAGCGUGCAGUUCGUGCAGAACCAUUUGGAUGAUAUCGAUCCGAAAAAGGUGAAGUAUUUGGCAACUAUAAUGGUGAUACUUGUUUUGUUUUUUUGUUCCAGAGGGAGAUACGUAUUAUGUCUCUUUUAAUUUGCUUCCUCCAAUAACGUGAAAAGGGGCCAUUUUCUAUCUGUGCCAACUGAUUUUCAGUUCGUGGCAGUUUGCUCUAUUUACUCAAUCACUGUGAUCGAAAGAGAAAGGAAGAGCGAAGUGAUAUCCAAUAAUUGCAGUCAAAUCAAUCUACCAUAGCAAUGCCCUAUGCAGCUAUUAUUACAUUUUACUGGUACGUGUCAAUUGUAGGGCGUGUCCUGGAACACGGUGCGUUACAUGCUUGGAGAGGUGCAGUAUGGAGGCCGUGUCACAGAUGAUUAUGAUAAGAGGCUCCUCAACACUUUUGCAAAGGUAACUUUCAGCCAUUUUCCUCUCAACCGUCUUUUUGCUGGUUAGGGAUUUAACGGGACUCCUGAAUUGUACCAUCUAGGACAUUGGUAAGUAAGUAAGUAAAGUGAAAGCUUUAUUAAUGUGUCAGUGUAUUUAGUUUUCACAACUAAUUGGGGACAUAUAUUUCCUUUCAUUACACAAACUUCGCCAAUGACGCAUACACAUAAAGAGCACCGAAGUGAAGUACAACGGCUUUUCUGACCAGUUCGUCCCGCGUCAGCAUCCCUAAAUCAGAGAUUAAUUGUAUUUCUUCCAUAUACUAAAACACCGAUGACUGCGAAACUUUCGCUGCCCCCUAAAAAGGUAGACAUUGCAUUUUACAUGUUAACAGACUCACCUCUACUUGUACUAGGUGUGGUUUGGAGAGCAUAUGUUCACCGAUGACUUCUGUUUCUACACUGGAUACAAAAUCCCCAAAUGCCGCAGUUUGGAGCAGUUCUUUGAAGCUAUCCAAGCGCUUCCAUCUGUUGAUACUCCGCAAGUCUUUGGUUUGCAUCCUAAUGCUGAUAUCACGUAAGUACCUUCAAAAAAUUUUCUAAGGACAUUUCCACGGUACCUUAGCUAAGAAACUAAUGUAUUCAGCUAAAGUGUAUUUAACAUAGUAACUGCCGUUCAAAUUUCAUUCUAGCGAAAUAGUGGAAGGAACUAAAUAUUUUUAAGAUUGUUUUCCGACUUUCACAUUCACGUGCAAAACUCUGGAAUCUAUAUUUUGGCUUUCCACAGAGUUUCUUAACUUGGAGGACCGUACUGAAAACUGAAGGUUGCUGUGGCAGGUGGUUGCUAAGCCUUAAGGAGAUCUCUCUGAGUUCUCCUUGUGACUUUUAGUUAUUCCCAUUAAGUUAUUUUUCUUGAUGUAAUAUUCUCUAGUCUCAUUUAUUUUAUUAAAUGUAGUUUAUGAAAAUUUUUGUGUAUUUUUUAAAACUUUUGAUAGUGUUUUCAUUAAAAGUUUAGAAAACUUGGAAAGUACUUCAUGGUGAAUAAAAACGCGAACUUCGACAAAGCCAUUAUGCCAAUGUCAUGGUAAUCGGCGAGCAAACUGUCAUUAUCUGAAUAUACUUACUACUUCCUUUAUAAAGUUUCUAAUUUAUCUUUCAGUUAUCAGAGUAAUACCGCCAAAGACGUGCUGGAUACUAUCAUGAGUAUUCAACCCAAGGACUCAGGGGGAGGGUCUGGGGAGACCCGUGAGAGCGUGGUUACAAGGCAAGCAGACGAUAUGUUGGAGAAACUCCCUAACGACUAUGUACCACAUGAGGUAACAAAGCUUACGGGAGAUUAUAGCGGAGCCCUAACGCCCACGAAGCGCGCGUAGAGGAGCAGCAUAGAAAUGUUUUUGAAAAAAUCGUUCGCCCCUACGUCCUCCCUCUCAUGUUAGCGGAUGUGAAAUGUCGCACUUACUCGUUUGGAGAUCCAUGUUUUGGUCAAUUGAUAGCUGUCAACAUAACGUGUCCGCUAAUCAGUGUCACAUGACUGUAUCUCGGGCUCAGGUGUACAACUGCCAGUUAUUGUUUUCAAUUGAUCGCAGGUUCUGAUCCGUUUUUUAUGAGGAAUUCAUCUUGCUUCUUGCUUAUGGCAAAAGCUGAAUUUCUUCAGAAGGGCAUUUCUUAAAAGAUCCCUCGAAAGCUCCGCUGUGGUUUUGGAAUUAGAACUCAAAUAGUGUUGUUCUUGUAAAGGCAAGGUAGCUUACGUGAGUCACUUGUACUUUCUUAACCGCCCUCGUUGUUAAGCGGAUGCUUCAGUAAUGUUUCUAUCUACAGGUGAGAGCGCGGCUUCAGAAGAUGGGAGCUCUGGCGUCCAUGAACAUUUUUCUCAGACAAGAAAUUGAUCGCAUGCAGCGAGUGAUCAGCUUGGUUCGACAAACAUUGACUGAUCUCAAACUGGCCAUAGAAGGAACCAUUAUAAUGAGCGAGGUAACGAAAGGUUUCCCCGUAUAUCGAACCAUCUCCCUUAUUAUUAAAAUGAUUGUGUACUGUUUGAAGCCUGGAAGGGAGGCGUAUCACCGUUACUCCAAAAGACAACAAGAAUAAGUCACCAUUGUCUUUUAUCUCACCCACCUUUCAGUAUUCCUGUUCAGUGAUCAUUUCUAACGAAACGCUUCCAUAUUAAGGAUAUUUUAAGGUGAAAGCGAACAAGGCUUGCGUGUGGUCCCUUAAAGUACUAACGGAUGAAAUAUAACGCAUUUCCAUUUAAAAUAGGAUUCUCCGGGUCAUAAAAAAAUCGCCCUUUUGAAAAGUUGCUUUUGAAGCGUGGAAUCUGAGAUUUGUUUAACAAGGAAAACCUCGUUCGCCAAGUCAGUUAUGUGAUCCGUCCAAGGUUUCUUUCACUGUUAUUUUCUUCGUAAAUCUCAAGUAUUCUACCCUGGGUGUCAGAAACUUUUCAUGCUCGGUUACUGGUUUCGGUCAAGUCAAACCUUUUCUCGCGGCUUCGCCGUUCGUGACUUCGGCCUUCGGCCGAAGAUCUGUCGGUCUUGUAGCCGACCCAAGCAUCCAACCGCAAGCGAGAAAAAACCUCUGGUACCCAAGAAAGAAACAAAGAGUUUUGUUAUUCGCCGCUGUACUUUUGUGAUUGCCUUCACACCACUGCUGUUGUUCUAUAGAACUUACGGGAUGCAUUGGACAAUAUGUAUGACGCUAGAGUUCCUGCACUGUGGAGAAAAGUAAGGAUUUAUCUGAAUAACCUAGAAAUGAUCCAACCCAUGGUUUUCCUUGGUUUUUCCUACGUGUUUUCUUGUUUUGAACUUUGCUGCUCUGUCAUACUGUUGCGAAAUAAAGAUAAAAAUCAAGUAUGCUGUGCAAGAGAAUUAAAAACUCACUAGUACACGUCAAUGUCGUCGAAGUCUUAGGUAGCGCAAAAGAAAGAUUUAAACCUUCCUCGUUGAUUUGGUCGAUGCCGCACUGGACGUUUUUUCUAGUUGCUGGCAAUUCUUUAGUAGUAUCUCUGGAGACAAUUUAAAAUAAUAUCUUUCCGUAGAUCCUUUUGCUACCAAAGUGCGAAAAAACUAGGAGCAGUAGCAAGAUAAUUUCUUAUUCUUGUGAUUCUGGUUUUCGCUAUUUAAUGAUAUAGAGUCUAUAAAGAAUAUAAAAAUUCUUAAUUGUUUAUUUUAUCCCACAGAUUUCAUGGGAGUCAUCUACUUUGGGCUUUUGGUUCACGGAGUUCCUAGAACGAAAUAACCAGUUUUCCACGUGGAUAUUCAAUGGCCGACCAAACGUAUUCUGGAUGACGGGCUUCUUUAAUCCCCAGGGCUUUCUUACCGCCAUGAGGCAGGAGGUCACGCGUGCGCACAAAGGCUGGGCUCUGGACUCUGUCGUGUUGCAUAAUGACGUCAUAAGGGCUAUGAAAGAGGAUAUAAACUCACCUCCAUCGGUAACUAGUCAAGUCCAUCACUUAAACCUCCCUAUCUGCUUCUCACCAACAAGAAGUUAGAGACUGUAAAAAAUCAUUGGGAAUUUUCGAAGUUGUGUUUGUGCUCGCUUCGGUAGACAAGUGUUAAAGGAGCUGUAUCACGAAAUUUAUCAACAUUCAAAAGUAGCAACUACCAACAAAUUGAGUGAAACAAGUAGUAUACAUGGAGCGAAAAUUUGGAGAGUUUUCCUCCCUCGCUCUGGAGCUCUUGCAAAACACUCUCCAAAUUUAUUCGCUCUCCAUACACUGCUAAACCAUUUACCAGAUUUCAACUUGGGAAGUAUUUUUUAUUAAAAAUAUAUUUUAUAUGAAAAUCUGACCGGUGUGGAUCCGCGCCGCCUAAAUACCAUUAUUUUGAAUUACAGGAGGGCGUUUACAUAUAUGGCCUGUACCUGGAUGGUGCUGGAUGGGAACGUCGAGGCUGUAAAUUGAUCGAACCUCAGCCCAAGGUUCUUUUCACUUUACUACCAGUCGUACACGUGUACGCAGUUAAUUCCACUGCGCCAAAGGAUCCAAGGCUUUACCAGUGUCCUGUCUACAAAAAGCCACAGCGGACAGACCUGACUUACAUCACCCCCUUGUGGCUCAAGACAGUACAGAGCCCUGAUCACUGGAUCCUCAGGGGGGUGGCCUUGCUGUGCGAUAUUAAGUGAAAAUAAUUCGUGUUAAUUUUUGAAAUCCCUUCACUUCUUAUCUGUUAUGUACAUCACAUGAUACUUCUAUUAACUGCAGUUUACAUUCCGUUCGCCUUUACUUUUUGAAUCUUUAGAAAGGUAAUUUGU